AUGGAAGGAACAGAGGUCAGAGGAGAAAGAGAGGAGAAGAGGAGCUUCAGCGCUGAAAGGAAAGAUGAAAUGGAGGGCAGAGGAGAGUCUUGGAUGAAAAAGAGAGAGGGGCUUAGUGAAAGGUAGAGAGAGAGAGAGAAAACGGAGGUGGUUCAGCCUCAGGGAUGGAUGGAUUAGAGUGAAGAGAUGGAGGGAGAGUGUUAUAAGAAGGUGCCCAGGUGUGUGUGUGUGUGUGUGUGUGUGUGUGUGUGUGUGUGUGCUCAGGGGCCAGGUGAGAGUAGAGGGGCUAAACACUGUGAUUCAUUUACGGGCCAGACCCCCACAGCCAAGGCCAUUAUUCACCAGAAGACCACACACACACACACACACACACACACACACACAUUCAGAUACCAAAUACAUACACACAAGCAUGUACAACCGCUUCCCGAAUUCCCCCCACACAUACUUUUUUGCACACGCCUAAAUCUAAAUCUAUGCUCCCUCAUCAAACACACACACACACACACACACACACACCACACAGACACACACACACACACUUAAUUAUGCACAUGCACACACACACGUAAACACAGUACUGCCCAGAAAGUGUAACACAGCCGUUUGACUAUCAUUUAGCUGCUAUUAAACCUCCUAAACAUACACACACGCGCCGUCCAAACAGAUGCUGUUUUAACCACUCAACGUUUGCUAUGUCAACCACCCAGCCAACACAUCCUAUAAACACAUCAUCAAGUCGUCCUCUUAUAGACGAGCCACCACAAUCCUACGCUACAUUCUGAGCAGCUGGAUUCUAUAUAUCAAGUCAAUCCAGACAAAGCAUGACCGUGAUGAUGAUGCCAAAUCAGUUUGAUCCUAUAUCCCGGUACAGCCUAUAAAAACCAAUCCCAGAAAUCCCAGACUUUCCACUCAGCCUACACAAACGAUCACAGAACCUCCCAACUCACUCAAUCAACCACGCACUAUAUUUUAGCCAUUUUCUCAACCGACUGAAGCUAGUUAGCAAAGGCGUGGUUGUUGUCAUGAACAGCGAACAGCAUGACGUACUCAUGAACAGUGAACAGCGUGACGUACUCAUGAACAGCGUGACGUACUCAAGAACAGCAAACAGCGUGACGUACUCAUGAACAGCGUGACGUACACAUGAACAGCGUGACGUACUCAUGAACAGCGUGACGUACUCAUGAACAGCGUGACAUACUCAUGGACAGUGUGACAUACUCAUGGACAGCGUGACAUACUCAUGAACAGCGUGACAUACUCAUGGACAGCGUGACAUACUCAUGAACAGGGGAACGUACCUCAUGGACAGUGUGACAUACCUCAUGGAAACAGCGUGGACGUACUCAUGAACAGCGUGACGAUACUCAUGGGGACAGCGUGGGAACAGGUGACGUACUAUGAACCAGCGUGAUCAUGACUCAUGGACAGCGGAUAAUCAUGGACAGGUGAAAAUACUCAGGGACAGGUGGACGUACUCAUGAACAGCGUUGACGUAACUCAUGAACAGCGUGGACGUACUCAUUGAACAGCGUGACCAACUCAUUGGACAGCGUGACAUACCUCAUGAGGACAGCGUGACAUAACUCCAUGGACAAGCGUGGCAAUACUCAUGAACAGCGUGACAUACCUCAUGCAACCGCGUGACGUACUCAUGAACAGCGUGACAUACUCAUGGACAGCGUGACAUACUCAUGAACAGCGUGACGUACUCAUGAACAGCGUGACGUACUCAUGAACAGCGUCACGUACUCAUGAACAGUGUGGAACGUACUCACUGAACAGCGUGACGUACUGCAAUGAAACAGCGUGGACGUACUCAUGAACAGCGGGACGUACUCAUGAACAGCUGUGACGUUACUCUAUGAACAGCGUGACGUACUCAUUAAGCAAGCGUUGACGUACUCAUGGGACAGCGUGCCAUUCUCAUUGAACCAGAGUUGACAUACUCAUGGACAGCGUGACAUACUCAUGGACAGCGUGACGUACUCAUGGACAGCGUGACGUACUCAUGAACAGCGUGACGCUUGUUCUCGUGUCUCUCUUCUUUUGUUAAUUUGCUUUGUUUCAACUGUUUACGCCAAACGCUAACCUCCCCUCCUCCUUCGUUGACAGGAAAAUAGAUAUGGCCACCAGAGUGUUUUUAAGCACUGGAGCGGCUUCUCUUCCUAAUCUGCAUGGAGAGACUGAGUGAAGCAAUUUUAGCGUUCAACAGAGGGUUUAAUAACAGCCAUGUCGAGGAGGGUUCGGUUUCCCCUCUAUAAUUUGGUGGAAGGGAACUGUUCUUUUUCCGGCUGCCCGGGUUACCGCCGUGCCAAACCUCACUGCCUCCUUCCCAGAAAUUGAGCGUUUGGUUGGUUGGGUCAUAUAGGAUGGAUCCAGACAGACCGACAGACAGCCUUCUGAAGCUUCCAUGGUUGGAUUUUAAUAUUCUUAAAUGGCUUAUUUUUCAUAAUACUGUACACUUUCCUUUAGUGUCAUGUAUAUUUCACUCCUCUAAUGAGUGUAAAUGAAUCUGAUACAGAUAUGAUUCUAAUCAGCAUACUGAACAGUAAAAGCACUAGAUUGCUGUUAGCAGGAGUGAAGGGAAAGACAGUGUCUUCCUUCCACUCACAACCUUUGAGGAAAGUUAUUAGGACCACAUCACUGGAGUUAUAAUGAUUUAAGAGACAGAUGAUAGAGAACUGGAAGUGUUUAUCCUAACCCAAGCACAAAUAGGACACACACACACACACACACACACCCACCCACCCACCCAUGGUUGAGUGGAGGAGUGUGAUAGCCUUAGCUAGUGCUGGGCUGAGGUCAUGGCUUUAUUAGACAGAGACGCCGGGGAGGAAUCCCUUUGAGUCUGCACCAUGAGUACCACACACACACACAUACGCUAGUGCACACACACACACACACACACACACACACACACACACACACACACACACACACACACACACACACACACACACACACAUACUCAUUCAUAUAGUAUACACACAGGCAUGCAGACAAGCAGACACAUUCUCACAUUCUCUUACCCUCACACACACACACACACACACACACACACACACACACACACACACAUUCUCCGGACCCUUACACCACACCACCAAAUUACCUUCACACACUCAGAGCUGUGAGUUGGGAUCAGCGUGAGGCCAAAAUGUCCAUUUAAAUCAAUUAGGUACCAGAGAUGAGGCUGUGGUUUAAUUACAGCCAGUCUUAGUGGGCUCAUUUCAGACUCGGGCCCGUUCACGGCUGGAGCUCCAUUGACACGGGCUCUGUUAAUUCAGUCUUUGAGGGCGCUGUUAAUUCAGUCUUUCAGGGCUCUGUUAAUUCAGUCUUUGAGGGCUCUCUUGUUUACUGGGUCUCUGUCUCUUAAUUGUUAUUUGCAGGAAGAGGAGGAAAGACUUCAGUUUGUCACAGUCUCGUUGGGUCUGUCUAAACCUAGUAAUUACUCACAGAUGGUUUGGAAGACACACACACACACACACACACACACACACACACACACACACACACACACACACACACACACACACACACACACACACACACUUGUAUUUGUGAUCCGAGUGAUUGUGCAUGCCCACUCCCUAUUAGUUUAUGUGUGUGCACUUUUGUGUGUAAUGUUGUAUUUGUGUGUGUUUGUGUUUAUUUAUGUAUUCCCUGGCAGAGAGCCAGGAAUCGUUCAGAUCAUACACUCCCCACAACACUGUCACACCCACAAUUCAGUAUGUUUCCCUGUUUUUCACUAUCACAGACCCAAACACGUAAACCAGUCCCCCCUGUCUCUAACGCCCUCUGCUCUCUAUCCCCCCCUCCUGGCCAGACGGUAACACUGACAGCCUGUUUGACAUAGAGAAGGGCGUCGGCACCAUCAUCAUCGCUAAGCCUCUGGACGCUGAGCAGCGCUCCUUCUACAACAUGACUGUGGAGGUGACGGACGGGACCAACUCUGCAGCCACACAGGUACUGCAGCUGGGGACGCAACAUAUCAUAUCACUAUUUCUUCUCAGAAAGAGCCAAAUCUACUACCUGUACAUGUUGAUUUUGGCGUGCGUAAGUUAAAGUUAAUGUGGGACUGUUAGUAUUGUGUUCUGUAGCUUGCUACCACCUGUACAUCUGAACACGCAUAAAUGCACCCUCACACACACCCUCACACACACCCUCAUAAAGUACAUGAUAAACCACAUACAUGCUUCUAAUAGUUACAUUUGAAACCACAUACACAGACCUUGCCUUCAUGGACAGACGCUACACUCCCAUGCCCAAGGACAUUUAUUUUUUUACUCUUCCAUCAGCCAUUUUGAAAAACGUCUUUAGAUGGUGUGAUGGAUGGCGCCCGUCACAUUGUCACAUGAAUGAUGGCGUACGGCGUGUCAAGGACCUAUCAGAUUGAUCGGAACACAGCUAGCGGUGAUAACUAACGGUGCAAUCGUCUCUCUCCUCCCCCGCGUCUAAUUCCUCUGGUCAAGGACGUGGUGUGUACAGUGGACAAUAGCGUCCCCCUGUCCUGUCCUGUCCUGUCCUGUCCUGUCCUGUUCCUUUGCACUGUUCAGGCUGUGGUUGAAUGUUCCAAACAAAAAGGAACAAGAUUGUUAGUGUGUAAACUGAGCUAGUGUGAAGAUUCUUUAUCAGUCUCUGUUUGAGUUAGGACUGUCAUGUUGUAAAGUGGGUUGGAUGCUAUACAGUAUGAUGACAGAGAAAUAUCACAAUUUAAAUUGAUAAGAAAUAUACCGGUACAUCUUAUUUCCCUUUCCUCUUUUAGAGGUCAUGUCAUGUACAAUGUGUGUUCAUUGUUUGUUAAAUGCAGAAGGUGACUGUGGUGGAACAGGACACACACACACACACACACACACACACAAACACACAGUAGAAGGGAUUAGCAUUUUUAUAGCGUGGAAGGGAUUGCGCUGACAUACGGAAUGUGCUUUUGCACGACACCUUAUAAUCUCCCUGUGACAGUCCGUUUCAUGCAUAUGUCACUCUACCUGUUCCCUCCAUUGUCAUUUUCAGGGCCAGUGCUUUUCAAUACCCAGACAUUAGUUGUGUGAAAAGGACAAAUGCAUACAUAUCAUUUAUAUUCAUAUUUAUUUUGUCAUUUUGUCAUAUCCAUCUGUCUGUCAUGUUCCUACAGUGCAUGGCAAAGUUUCUGUAAAGCAUUCUGAGACAAGGUGACAGGGAAACUGGUUCCCUGGUGAAAAUGAUAGUAUGCUGAUACUGAUAAUGCUGUAGAUUUAGAUUAAUAUGAACACAUUCUUACAUUCACUCACAUUACAUUUUUCAAUUUCCCCCCUCCCCCUCCCUCCCUCUUUCAUCACUCUCUCUCUCCCUCUCCCUCUCCCUCUCCUCGUUCAGAAUGAUAGCUGGAGGGAAAUGCAAAUUAGCUUUACUGCUGUGUGCCCUGAAAGGGAGAGCCAACCCACUGCACACAGAUGUCAAUUCAACAUCUAUUCCUCGUUGGUUCAACGUCAUUUCAUUGAAAUAACAGCGUUGAUUCAACCAGUGUGUGCCCAGUGGGUAUCCUCAUUAAGUACAGAUGUCUAAUAGCUAGCUAGGGCACAGGAAGCCAAAAACAUCCCCUCUCACCUACUCUACUCUCUAUUCAGACUGAGUAACUGUUUCUGUCUCAGUUGGUCCAUUAGGCCAUGUCACACCCUGCGUGAUGGUACCUGUUCACGAUGUCCAAAUCCCCUUGCUAUUCAUUCCAACACACACAUAUCACCGUUAAACAACUCCCCUUCCCUGCCUACCAACACACACACACACACACACACACACACACACACACACACACACACACACACACACACACACACACACACACAUACAGUCCCUACACACCCCUGCAAGAUGUGCUGACUAAAUCCCAAUGGGUGUUCAAUACACCUCCCCGACUCUUGGAGAAUGUACAACUGGUAAAUAAUCGCAGAUAUUUCAAUCAGAUGUCUAGCUAGCUAGGUAACUCAAGGGCUCUGGCUAUUAGCCAGGUAGCUAGCUAUAACUAGCUGGCUAGAAGGAUGAAGUUAGAAGCUAACGUUGAACGGAGCCUGACCUCAGCAGGAGCAGUUGACUGAAAUUAAGCUAGCUAUAAUCAAAAGAUGGGCUACUAUAAGUUACCAUAACAAAAUACCUUUUCUUUAUCGAGAGUAGUGAGACAGCUGCAACAUCAAGAGCAUCCUGACUGGUUGCAUCACCGCCUGGUAUGGCAACUGCUCGGCCUCCGACCGCAAGGCGCUACAGAGGAUAGUGCGUACGGCUCAGUACAUCACUGGGGCCAAGCUUCCUGCCAUCCAGGACCUCUAUACCAGAGGAAGGCCCUAAAAAUGGACAAAGACUCCAGCCACCCUAGUCAUAGACUGUUCUCUCUGCUACCGCACGGCAAGCGGUACCGAAGCACCAAGUCUAGGUCCAAAAGGCUUCUCAACAGCUUCUACCCCCAAGCCAUAAGACUGCUGAACAGUUAAUCAAAUGGCUACCUGGACUCUUUGCAUUUUUACGCUGCUGUCACGACUUCCUCCGAAGCUGCCUCCUCUCCUUGUUCGGGCAAGGUUCGGUGUUCGUCGUCACCGGCCUUCUAGUCCACUGCCACUCCUCAUCUCAUAAUUCCAUUUGUUUUGUCUUGUUUAUUACACACACCUGGUUCAUAUCUCCUCAUCAGUUCCUGUUCCCUCUGCCCCCUUGUCUUUGUGUGUGAUUGUUUAUUGUGGAGGAGAGAGAAGCUCAGUGGAGCUCCGUGUAUUUUGUAUCUCUGGGAAUAUUCCCCGUGUGCCUUGUAUUUUCCAGUGCGCCUGGAGCGUUUUGACGCAUUACUGCGUAACUCUGUGGUUCAGAAUAAAUCCUGUUAUUCUGUGAUUUACCCUCCUGCGCCUGACUCCUUCAAAUCACCUCAUCACAGCUGCUGCUACUCGCUGUUUAUUAUCUAUGCAUAGUCACUUUACCCCUACCUACAUGUGCAUAUUACCUCAAUUACCUCGACAAACCUGUACCCCCGCACAUUGACUCGGUACCGGCAGCCCCUGUAUAUAGCCUCGUUAUUGUUAUUUUAUUGUUGCUCUUAUAUUUUUUACUUCAGUUUAUUUAGUAAAUAUUUGUCUUAACUCUUAUUUUUCUUAAAACUCCAUUGUUGGUUAAUGACUUGUAAGUAAGCAUUUCACGAUAAGGUCUACUACACCUGUUGUAUUCGGCGCAUGUGACAAAUACAAUUUGAUUUGAGACAGUGGUGAGUCAGGCUGCAAUGAAGGAGGCAAAGGAGAUACACAGAGAGAGGAAGCAUUGAAGCAAGCAGGGAGAGAGGUUGGUAGUAGAGUGGUUCCCAAACUUGGGGUCCGGGACCCAUGUGGGGUCCCCUAAAAUGUAAAAAGGGUCCCCUGAGAGAGUCUUUAAUCUUAUCAAACACAUUAAUAACUUGUUUCUCUUCAAAUGGGUAUAGAAUACAACAUUUUAGAGUCAACUAAAGGCCUUUUACUCUGUCAGAAUACACUUUCAUGUCAUUAUGUGUUGGGACAGCCUGUGGGACACAAAAUGUAGUAAAAUACGGUAUAAAGACAAUUUAAAUAUAAAGACAAUUUAAUAUUAUGUACACUGAACAAAAAUAUAAACGCAACAUGCAACAAUUUCAAAGGUUUUACUGAGUUAUAGUUCAUAUAAGGAAAUCAGUCAACAUCAUCAGUCCUGACUUACCACUCAUGUAUGUAGUAAAGAAGUAGUGAAACGCGUAUUAUUGAGUAGAACUUGUAAGGUAGUGAUGAAUAUUAAGUUAGUUGGGUUUUUUCAUGAGGUUGUGGCGGUAUACUGCUAUCUGUUGGCGAAUAGAAACAAUUGCAUAAUAGGAACUAUUACAAAUUGGUGGUCCUUGAAAAUCAAUAUUAGUGCUUGAAAAAAUACUUGAAAGUCCUUGAAUUUGACUUGCCACUGUCUGUACGAACCCUGAAACACACACAUACACACUUAUCCCCCCGGCCCACACACACACACCUGUAAGACGUGCUGACAGUAGUGCCAGUCGCAAGAGGCUGUGCUGAGUUCCCUUCUUCAACAUCACAGAUGGAGGCUCAGCGUGACGCCCAAUGGGGGAAAUCUCCACUGUUCACCGGCAGGAAGACAGCUGUUGCUCCUGUCUUAUAUUUAGUCUUCCCUGCUGUCGGCCUUCCUAUAUACCUUACUCCCUUCUUACGCAACACAACCGCCUUUGUUAUCGGCGGCGGUUUCCAUGAGUCAUCAACCGUCAAAACAGUACAUGACACGCAACAAGCACGUCAGCAAACAUAUGUCUCGACUGGUUGUAUAUAAAUACAUUAACUGCAAAAACGUCUUAUUCACAUAAUAGUUGUGACAGACUUGCAAAUAUGCACUGUAUGACACGGAACUGAAUAUAGUAUCUGACCGACUGUAUAUGUUAUGGCCUACCCUUCACUCCCACUGAAGACUGAAGACAAAAAUGUUUGUGUGUUGUAGUACUACGACAUAUUGGCCUAACCCUACCCACAACCACCCUCUCUCCUUCUCCUCUCCAGGUCCACAUCACAGUGUUGGACAACAACGACAACGCGCCCGUCUUCUCCCAGCCCACCUAUGACAUCACCAUCUCUGAGGACACGCACCCGGAGACGGAGGUGGUCCAGGUGUUAGCGUCGGACCGUGACGAGCGCCACCGCCUCACCUACUCCCUCCACAGCUCCAUCGACCCCUCCAGCCUGCGUCUGUUUCCGUAUUGACCCCAACACUGGCACGGUGUAUACUACAGAGAGACUGGACCAUGAGGCUAAAGCACAGCACAUCCUCACUGUCAUGGUGAGAGAGUGAGACCGUUACUGUAGGGGUGGCAAUGGAUUCUAUCAAAUAAGAUUAGGUUACCUUGAAUCUCAUUGUAAGGGAGUAUGACAUUUGCAUUAUUUGGUCAGAUUCUCUUAAGAUUCUGCAUGAAAAAGCCCUCCGUUGGUCAUGGAUGUGUUGAAGCUGUCAGAGGAGUAGAGGAGAGAUGAGGAGAGGAGAGGAGAGGAGAGGAGAGGAGAGGAGAGGAGAGGAGAGGAGAGGAGAGGAGAGGAGAGGAGAGGAGAGGAGAGGAGAGGAGAGGAGAGGAGAGGAGAGGAGAGGAGAGGAGAGAAAAGACAGUAGAGAUGCAACUUAAUAUUCUAAUGUAACUCAGCUCUCCUGCCAGAGGCAGACUACUCCUGUCUGUGUUCUCAUUUACCUGAGCUCAUCAUUCAGCAACUACACUAAUUACUGAGAGCAAUGAACCAACGUCUCACCCUCGUCAGGGGAAUGAGACAGUUUUAGAAACUGUGUGUGUGUGUGUGGAGUCUGAGUGUGUAUGUGUGUGUGUGUGUGUGUGUGUGUGUGUGUGUGUGUGUGUGUGUGUGUGGUGUGUGUGUGUGUGUGUGUGUGUGUGUGUGAAGUCUGACUGUGUGUGUGUGUGUGUGUGUGUGUUUGUGGGAGUCUGAGUCUGAGUGUGUGUGUGUGUGGUGUGUGUGUGUGUGUGUGUGUGUGUGUGUGUGUGUGUGUGUGUGUGUGUGUGUGUGUGUGUGUGUGUGUGUGUGUGGAGUCAAACUGUGUUUGUGUGUGUGUGUGUGUGUAGUUCUGAAAUGAAUCAUCCUCAUUCACUCUGUUUUACUUCAUUUCCUCUGGUUCAGUGGAUAGCAAAAAUAGGUAACGACUGCUCAUCCUACCACUGUAGUCGUAUUGUUUUAAUGUCAAAUCGGGAAAUGUAAUUAUCAUUUUGAAGUGAGGUAGGAACUUCUGCCUGACAUUUUUUAUGAGGGAAAAUGUUUCAGUUUGAGGCAGGGGCUCUGAUUUAAUUUGGUAGAAUCCACAGGUAGAUAGUAUCUUUAAUAUCUGGCAUUCGGUUUGCCCAUGACAGUGCCUGCUGUGCUGGAACCAGGUAUGUUUGUGCAUCUGUAUAGGCUACAAUAUGAUCAGUAUCUCAUAAUUAUAACAUAUUCCUGCACUAAAGAGAUGAGGUCUAACAAUAUAAAUAUAAAUUGACUACGCAUAACCACUACAGAAUCCAAGAUAACGAUCCCCAAACAGAGUAUUGACUAUGCAUAACCACUACAGAAUCCAAGAUAACGAUCCCCAAACAGAGUAUUGACUACGCAUAACCACUACAGAAUCCAAGAUAACGAUCCCCAAACAGAGUAUUGACUACGCAUAACCACUACAGAAUCCAAGAUAACGAUCCCCAAACAGAGUAUUGACUACACAUAACCACUACAGAAUCCAAGAUAACGAUCCCAAACAGAGUAUUGACUACGCAUAACCACUACAAAAUCCAAGAUAACUUUCCCCAAACAGAGUAUUGACUACGCAUAACCACUACAGAAUCCAAGAUAACUUUCCCCAAACAGAGUAUUGACUAUACAUAAUCACUACAGAGUCCAAGAUAGCACAUGUAACAGUUUUGGGUAUUGUGCGUAGCUGCUUUGAUUAAUAGAAAGACCGAGCCACAAUGACGCUCCUAUUACCCUGAGCCUCAGGCGUACGUAAACACAGACAGAACAGACACAGAACAACUCUAUUGUCUCCAAUGGACCCAGUGAUCUUCCUCCUAACACUUCCUCAGUACCAUAAUACCCUUCAGUCUAGGGCUAUUAUGCCACUCAUAGGCCCAUUGGGUUGUGUUAAGAGUGUUGGACUAGCCAGCGUUUCGUAAUACCGGCAGCAGCAGCUAGCGCUAAUUCUGAUGCUAAUGCUGGUUGUAUUAAUACUCACCCUGUGUGGCGCCUCGCGAGACAGGCUUUGUCUUGUUGUGGAGAGUCUCGCAUAAAUAUCCAUCUCAUUAGCCCAUUAUCUGCACUCCAUCCCAAAAGACCCUUAACGUUUUGCUGUGACACUCCCUUUUCAUUUCAUGGGGAAGUUAAAGCUCCAGUAAAUGUUUUAAAGGGAAACUCGAAGUAAUGUGUGUCCUAUUGAUUCAUUGCCGUAACAUAGAAAGUUAUUUUGUAAUAGGCAAGUGUUCAUUUUGCCUCAUGCCGGUUAUAUAAUGAGAAGUGUUAUUGUGUCAGAUAAUACUAUACACCUGCAUUAGUAGACCAAUGAUUAGAAUAAUUUUUCUCCCUUAGGUAAAAGACCAGGAGUUUCCAUACAGGAGGAACCUGGCCCGAGUGUUGGUGGAUGUGGAGGAUGUUAAUGACCAUGUCCCAGUGUUCACCAGUGCUCUGUACGAAGGUUCGGUCUAUGAGUCUGCAGCAGUGGGGUCUGCUGUGCUCCAGGUGACUGCCCUGGACAAAGACAAAGGAGAGAACGCAGAACUCCUCUAUGCCAUGGAAUCAGGUGAGCAACUAUAGAAAUGGCAUUGUAUUUAAACAAUAUGGCCCGAGGAGGUGUGGUAUAUGGCCAAUAUACCACGGCUAAAGGCUGUUCUUAGCACCAAACAACGUGGCGUGCCUGGACACAGCCCUUAGCCGUGGUAUAUUGUACAUACAGUGCCUUCGGAAAGUAUUCAAACCCCUUCCCUUUUUCCACAUUUUGUUAUGUUACAGCCUUAUUCUAAAAUAGAUAAAAUAAUGUUUUUCCCUCAUCAAUCUACACACAAUACCCCAUAAUGACAAAGCUAAAACAGGUUUUUAGAAAUGUUUGCAAAUCUAUUAAGAAUAGAAAACUUAAAUAUCUUAUUUACAUAACUAUUCAGACCCUUUGCUAUGAGACUCAAAAUUGAGCUCAGGUACAUCCUGCUUGAUCAUCCUUGAGAUGUUUCUACAACUUGAUUGAAGUCUAACUGUGGUAAAUUCAAUUGAUUGGACAUGAUUUGGAAAGGCACAUACCUGUCUAUAUAAGGUCCCACAGUUGACAGUGCAUGUCAGAGCAAAAACCAAGCCAUGAGGUCGAAGGAAUCCAAAGUUCCUCUGUGAAUAUGGGAGAACCUUCCAGAAGGACAACCAUCUCUGCAGCACUCCACCAAUCAGGACUUUAUGGUAGAGUGGCCAGAUGGAAGCCACUCCUCAGUAAAAGGCACAUGACAGCCCACUUGGAGUUUGCCAAAAGGCACCUAAAGAACUAUCAGACCAUGAGAAAUAAAAUUAUCUUGUCUGAUGAAACCAAGAUUGAACUCUUUGGCCUGAAUGCCAAGUGUCACGUCUGGUGGCAGCAUCAUGCUGUGGGGAUGUUUUUCAGCAGCAGGGACUGGGAGACUAGUCAGGAUCGAGGGAAAGAUGAACGAAGCAAAGUACAGAGAUAUCCUUGAUGAAAACCUGCUCCAGAGCGCUCAUGACCUCAGACUGAGGCAAUGGUGGAUUCGGGACAAGUCUCUGAAUGUCCUUGAGUGGCCCAGCCGGAGCCCGGACUUGAACCCGAUCUAACAUUUCUAGAGAGACCUGAAAAUAGCUGUGCAUCAACGCUCCCCAUCCAACCUGACAGAGCUUGAGAGGAUCUGCAGAGAAUAAUGGGAAAAACUCCCCAAAUACAGGUGUGCCAAGCUUGUAGCGUCAUACCCAAGAAGACUUGAGGCUGUAACCACUGCCAAAGGAUCUGAAUACUUAUGUAAAUGUGGUAUUUCAGUUGUUGUUGUUUUUUUUAUAAAUGUGCAAACAUUUCUAAAAACCUGUUUUUGCUUUGUCAUUAUGGGGUACUGUGUGUAGAUUGAUGAGAAAAAGCAACAAUUUAAUCAAUUUUAGAACAAGGCUGUAAUGUAAGAAAAUGUGGAAAAAGUCAAGGGGUCUGAAUACUUUCCGAAUACACUGUAUAUCACAAACCUCUCAGGAGCCUUAUUGCUAUUAUAAACUGGUUACCAAAGUAAUUAGAGCAGUAAAAAUAAAUGUUUUGUCAUACCCGUGGUAUACCGUCUGAUAUGGUAGCCAAUCAGCUUCCAGUGCUCUGUCCACCCAGUUUAUAUUAAGAGUUUUAGAACUAUCAAAAUAAUAAGGUGUGUCUAACUAUACAAAGACCAUGGGUCUCCAACGUUUUCUAGCAUGAGAGCUACUUAGAAAAAAUGACACAUGGUGCGAGCGAAUUUUUUAUUUUCUAGCUUUCAAAUAGGCACAUUCUUCUCUUCUCCUCUCCCAUGCAACUCUUCCCCAGGUCCUUAGAGAGAAAGUAGUGCACUAUGUGUUCUGUCAAUAGACCUGGUAAAAUAAUGGUUAAUAAACAACUCUAAGGGGGCCCUAUAAAAUCUGCUAUUUUUUUCCAGAAUUCUGUUAGAUUCUUCCUAAAUUGUUUUUUCUCAGUUGUAUUUUUCCUGGUUAUAGAUUUAUAAAUGUUUUACUUUCAAAAUUACAAUUGUUCAUAGAGAAACAAUCAAAUUGAAUGUUCUGAGUCCAUGUCAUGCUUAUAUCACAUCAGAAGACAAUUUUAUUUAGGUCUGGAAGAAAACAAACACAUUUAUUUUGGAGUGUAAUUUAGUUGCGCAUCUGGCCCUAUAAUUGCCGUCUACUGUGAGGAAUGUGCCGGUCUAGCGAUGGUUCUGUACCGCUACUGCUCAUUUCAUGGCAAAGUUAGCAAAUAACAAAUAAUAGAUACAAAUUAUAUACUUCCUCAUUAGAUACUUCUGCCAGGUAAGCCUACUUUGCAGUUAACAUUUAAUUUAGAAGGUUUUGGGGAAAGUAGGCCUAUUUCUGUCAACCUACAAGACGGUUAUCACAUCAACUGGCUACACACGGAGUGAGGAGUGAUAGACAUACGCGCGCACCACACAGACAGACAAGGAUAAUAUUGCUGGAAAUUAAUUGGAAGAUAUUUUGUUAGGUUUGGCUUUUUAAGCCAAUGGUUGCUAACCAGGGUUGGGAUAAUGACAAUAUUGCAUUGAUUAGAUAGUAGCUGGGAGCUUGCGGUGUCUGAUACUUGUGAGAUUUGUUUAUGACAGUUUGAGGUGGGAAAACGUGAAAAUGUAAUCUACUUUCAGAAUUGUUUGGCAAGUUACUCAUAGGUGAGCUUCGAGCUACCUGUUGGAGACCCCAGAUAUAGACAGUAUAUCGAUAAUAGAUUACAAUAUACAAACAGUUUAUAUAGAUUUAGAUGCACUAGUUUUUAUCACUGAAUAUUCGUUCUUAUGUCUGUUUUCCUUUAGGCAACACAGGGAACACGUUCCGGAUUGAGCCGGUUCUGGGGAUCAUCUCUGUGGCCCGCGAGCUCGACCUCUCUACCAUCGGCUAUUACGUCAUUACCGUCAGAGUCACCGACAACGGCUCCCCGCCUCUCUCUGCCACCUCUGUGGUUCGCAUCGCCGUCACGCUCUCCGACAACGCCGGACCCAAGUUCCCCCAGACUGAGUACCAGGCCGAGAUCACAGAGAACGUUGCCGUGGGAACCUCUGUCACCACAGUGAGCGCCAUGAGCCAAUCCACGCUGACCUACGACAUUCGACAUGGCAACAACGAACGCACCUUCAGGAUCAACCAGUAUAGUGGUGUGAUCACAACUCAGAAACCCUUGGACUACGAGACCACAGCAUCUUACAACCUGAUUGUCCAGGCUACCAACAUGGCUGGCAUGACCUCCAAUGCCACCCUGCUCAUACGGGUGGUGGAUGAAAACGACAACCCACCUGUGUUCCAGCUGCUGCGCUACCAGGGUAGUAUCAGCGAGGCGGCGCCCAUCAACAGCGUGGUGCUGAACCCAGACAACACUCCUCUGGUCAUCAAGGCCACUGAUGCUGACCGCAACCAGAAUGCUCUCCUGGUCUAUCAGAUCGUUGAGGACACAGCCAAUAUGUUCUUUACAGUGGAUUCUGGCACCGGCUCCAUCAGGACAAUCGCCAACCUGGACCACGAGACGUUUGCUAGUUUUAACUUUCAUGUUCAUGUGAGGGACAGUGGGAGGCCUCAGCUGACGGCGGAUAGCCCCACCGAGGUCACCAUCCAGGUGAUCGACACAAAUGACUCUCCACCUCGCUUCACCCAGGACGCCUAUGAAACUGUCCUUCUGCUGCCCACUUAUGUCGGAGUGGAGGCAUUACAGGUCUCAGCUAUGGACCCAGACCAAAACGUCCCAACAGAGCUCACCUACUCACUGACAGACGGCAACCUGGAGCACUUUGCCAUCCAGCCCUCCAGCGGCAUCAUCACCGUCAAAAACAACAACUUCUCUAAGGAACGCUUCCGCUUCAACGUCAAAGUGUCAGACGGGAAGUUCUACAGCACUGCUCUAGUCACUGUCCUGGUCCGUGAGACACUGGACUCUGGCCUCUUCUUCAUCCACAGCCUCUACUCCUCGUCCAUCCAGGAGAACAAUAGCAACAUCACCAAAGUGGCCGUGGUCAAUGCAGUGGGGAAUCGCCUCAACGAGCCCCUCAGGUACACCCUACUGAAUCCUGGGAUACGCUUCCGGAUCCGACCCACCUCUGGGGUAAUCCAGACCACUGGGGUUCCCUUCGACCGUGAGGAGCAGGAGUUCUAUGAGCUGGUGGUGGAGGCUGGGAGGGAGCACGACCAUCUGCGUGUUGCCAGGGUGAUGGUCAGGGUGCAGGUAGAGGACAUUAACGACAACGCUCCUGUGUUCGUGGGACUACCGUAUUACGCUGCUGUCCAAGUGGAGGCCGAACCUGGUGCGCCCAUAUUCCGAGUCACCGCCGUGGACCGUGACAAAGGCAUCAACGGAGAGGUAUCCUACUACCUCAAAGACGACCACGGACACUUUGAGAUUGACAGGCUGACGGGCGGCCUCCAUCUGAAGAAGGCUUUUGAGUCUGACCUGUCCAACCAGGAGUACCAGAUGGUAGUUUACACCAAGGACGGAGGUUACCCUCCUCUUUCCUCCACCUUAGAGUUCCCCAUCACCGUGGUGAACAAGGCCAUGCCCGUCUUUGACAAGUCCUUCUAUGCAGUGUCGGUGAACGAGGACGUAGCUGUACACACGCCCAUAUUAGGAAUCAACGCCACCAGCCCUGAGGGCCAGAACAUAAUCUACACCAUCGUGGAGGGAGACCCCUCUCUGCAGUUCGACAUCGGCUUUGACACCGGAGUCAUCAGAGUCAUCAACUCCCUGGACUAUGAGAUCGCCCCAUCCUUCCGUCUGACCGUCAGAGCCACAGACUACCUGACUGGCGCCCGUGCUGAGGUGGACGUAGAUGUCACAGUUAAUGACGUCAAUGAUAACCCUCCGGUGUUUGAGAAAAUGUCCUAUAAGGCAGUUCUGUCUGAGACUGCCAUGAUCGGCACUCCUGCGCUCCAAGUGGUGGCUACCGACAAAGAUUCUGAGAAGAACAACAUUGUACGGUAUCAGAUCUUCUACCCCACAGAUGCCUACAACAGCACCGACCACUUCCACAUCGACAGCAGCAGCGGCCUCAUCCUGACCGCCCGCAUGCUCGACCACGAGCUGGUACAGCGCUACGACUUCAUUGUCAGGGCAACUGAUAACGGCUUCCCACCGCUGAGCAGUGAAGUGUCGGUCACGGUGGUGGUGAAUGACAUGAACGACAACCCUCCGGUGUUCAACCAGCUUCUCUACGAGGCCUAUGUCAGCGAGCUGGCCCCUAGGGGCCAUUUUGUGACCUGCAUCCAGGCUUCGGAUGCUGACAGCUCCGACUAUGACAAACUGGAGUACAGCAUCCUGUCAGGAAACGAGAGGAUGAACUUUGUGAUGGAUGGUAAGACGGGUAUCAUCACGCUGUCUGGUCACAGGAAGCAGAGAAUGGAGCCAGCCUACAGUCUGAAUGUAUCCGUCUCUGAUGGGGUGUUCACCAGCACGGCCCAGGUGCACGUCAGGGUCCUGGGGGCCAACCUCUACAGCCCUGUGUUUGGACUGAAUGCCUACGAUGCAGAGGUACGGGAGAAUGCAGCGGUAGGAACCAAGGUGAUCCAGGUAAGAGCCAUUCAUUUUAAAGUAUUCAGCUUCUGAACAUGAAUUGAAAUAAUGAUAUGUAUUUUAUUUAAUGAAGUUUUGAUGCACAUGAUACUGUAUUUGUAAUAGUAUUUGUAAUAUGUUUUAUUUGACAUGUUUACUAUGUGCAAUACCUAAAAUAAAGUAAUUUAACUAUUAUUACCAGGUGAGGGCGACCGAUGCUGACCCAGGAGUGUUUGGCCAGAUUACCUACUCAUUCGUCAACGACGUGGGCAAGGACCAGUUCAGUGUGGACGCCAACGGUCAGAUCACCACCCUGGAGAAGCUGGACAGAGAGGACCCUGCCAACAAGGACAUUGUCCUCACAGUGGCAGCCCAGGACGGGGGUGGAAGGGCCUCCUACUGCACCGUCCGGGUCUCCCUGCUGGAUGACAACGACAACGUCCCUCGCUUCAGAGCUACGGAAUACCGUGCUUCCGUCAAAUCCGACGUGGGCAAGGGCUUCCUGGUGACCCAGAUCCAGGCGUAUGAUCCUGAUGACGGUGCUAACUCUAAGGUGACAUACUCGCUCUACAGCGAGGCGCACGCACCCGUGGUGGAUAUGUUAGAGAUCGACCCUGACAACGGCUGGAUGGUCACCAAGGGGAGUUUCAGCCACCUGCGCAACUCAGUCCUGUCUUUCUUUGUCAAAGCAGUAGAUGGAGGCAUCCCUGUUAAGCACUCUUUAGUAUCAGUCUACAUCCACGUCUUGGCACCUGACGCCCUCAUUCCCUCCUUCACCCAACCCCAGUUCUCCUUUACAGUCCCAGAGGACACCCCUAUAGGAGCUGCCCUAGGGUCCAUCCGCCUCAUCACCCCACCAGGCUACGGCUCGCUGCCAGUCACCUUUGCUCUGGUCAACGGAGAGACUGGCGAGAACAACCAGGAUGGAGUCCUGGUGGUGGACAGGGACACUGGGGUCAUCAAGCUGGACAAGCCCCUGGACCACGAGGUCAUCACCGCCUUCCACUUCAAGGUCAUGGCCACUGUUCAGCAGGCCAAGCUGGACUCUGUGACCAGCGUCGACGUAGAAGUCAAAGUCCUGGAUCUGAACGACAACAAGCCAGCAUUUGAAUCCAACUCCUAUGAGGCGACAGUGAUGGAAGGGAUGCCUAUCGGCACCAUGAUCAUCCAGGUUCAGGCUCUGGACCCAGACUCUGGAGCCAACGGACAGGUUACAUACAGCCUAGUCACGUUGGCGCAAUCCGAAGAUGAGCCGGACCAAUCCACAGAGACCUUCACCAUUGACAGCAACACGGGCUGGAUCUCUACUCUCAAGGAGUUGGACCACGAGAUGUAUCCGUCCUACGCCUUCCUGGUGGUGGCCUCAGACCUGGGGGAGACCCUGGCCCUCUCCUCCACCUCCACGGUGACCGUGGCCGUGUCUGACAUCAACGACAACCCACCCAGCUUCCUGGAUGAGAGGUACUGGGGCUCAGUGCGCGAGAGCGACCCCCCUGGUGAGGUGGUGGCGGUGCUCAACACUAGAGACAACGACAGCUCUGCAGUGAACCGCCAAGUCAGCUAUCACAUCACAGGUGAGUCAGAGAAUGGGAGUGUGUGUGUGUGUUAUUAAUGUGUUUAGCUGUCUGUCCUCUUUAUGCAUCUUAAUAUGUCUCACUGUCUGUCUUUUAACUUGUCUUCUGACCCCCUGUCUCACUCACUGACUGUCUGUUUAAAAAAUAUAUAUAUAUAUUUAACCUUUAUUUAACCAGGUAAACCAGUUGAGAACAAGUUCUCAUUUACAACUGCGACCUGGCCAAGAUAAAGCAAAGCAGUGUGAUUAAAACAACAACACAGAGUUACAUAUGGGGUAAAACAAAACAUAAAGUCAAAAAUACAACAGAAAAAAUAUAUAUAUACAGUGUGUGCAAAUGUAGCAAGUUAUGGAGGUAAGGCAAUAAAUAGGUCAUAGUGCAAAAUAAUUACAAUUAGUAUUAACACUGGAAUGAUAGAUGUGCAAGAGAUGAUGUGCAAAUAGAGAUAAUGGGGUGCAAAUGUGGGCUAAUUUCAGAUGGGCUGUGUACAUGUGCAGUGAUCGGUAAGUUGCUCUGACAACUGAUGCUUAAAGUUAGUGAGGGAGAUAAGAGUCUCCAGCUUCAGAGAUUUUUGCAGUUCGUUCCAGUCAUUGGCAGCAGAGAACUGGAAGGAAUGGCGGCCAAAGGAGGUGUUGGCUUUGGGGAUGACCAGUGAGAUAUACCUGCUGGAGCGCAUACUACGGGUGGGUGUUGCUAUGGUGACCAAUGAGCUAAGAUAAGGCAGGGAUUUGCCUAGCAGUGAUUUAUAGAUGGCCUGGAGCCAGUGGGUUUGGCGCCGAAUAUGUAGUGAGGACCAGCCAACAAGAGCGUACAGGUCACAGUGGUGGGUAGUAUAUGGGGCUUUGGUGACAAAACGGAUGGCACUGUGAUAGACUACAUCCAAUUUGCUGAGUAGAGUGUUGGAGGCUAUUUUGUAAAUGACAUCGCCGAAGUCAAGGAUCGGUAGGAUAGUCAGUUUUGUUGCGAAAUAGGAAGCCGAUUCUAGAUUUACCUUUGGAUUGGCGAUGCUUAAUGUGAGUCUGGAAGGAGAGUUUACAGUCUAACCAGACACCUAGGUAUUUGUAGGUGUCCACAUACUCUAGGUCAGACCCUUCGAGAGUAGUGAUUCUAGUCGGGUGGGCGGGUGCCAGCAGCGUUCGAUUGAAGAGGAUGCAUUUAGUUUUACUUGUGUUUAAGAGCAGUUGGAGGCUACGGAAGGAGUGUUGUAUGGCAUUGAAGCUUGUUUGGAGGUUUGUUAACACAGUGUCCAAUGAAGGGCCAGAUGUAUACAAAAUGGUGUCGUCUGCUUAGAGGUGGAUCUGAGAAUCACCAGCAGCAAGAGCGACAACAUUGAUAUACACAGAGAAAAGAGUCGGCCCAAGAAUUAAACCCUGUGGCACCCCCAUAGAGACUGCCAGAGGUCCAGACAACAGGCCCUCCGAUUUUACACAUUGAACUCUAUCUGAUAAGUAGUUGGUGAACCAGGCGAGGCAGUCAUUUGUGAAACCAAGGCUAUUUAGUCUGCCAAUAAAAAUGUGGUGGUUGACAGAGUCGAAAGCCUUGGCCAGGUCGAUGAAGACGGCCGCACAGUACUGUCUAUCAGCUGUCUGAAUUUGUGUGAAGGAGAAGCAGGGGGGGGGGGGGGGCGGGGGGGCUAUUCGUAUAUCCGUAUAUUCGUAUACUGCUUGUGAAUAUUGGUUCCUAACUUCCCUGAAAAGUUGCAUAUCGCGGGGGCUAUUCGAUGCUAAUGUUUUUGUGCUGGUCAAGGGCAGUCAAGUCUGAGGAGAACCAGGGCUAUAUCUGUUCUUAGUUCUGAAUUUUUUUGAAUGGGGGCAUGCUUAUUUAAGAUUGAAAGGAAAGCACUUUUUAAAGAACAACCAGGCAUUCUCUACUGACGGAAUGAGAUCGAUAUCCAUCCAGGAUACCUGGGCAAGGUCAAUUAGGAAGGCCUGCUCGCUAAAGUGUUUUAGGGACCGUUUGACAGUGAUGAGGGGUGGUCGUUUGACAGUGGACCCAUUACGGACGCAGGCAAUAAGGCAGUGAUCGCUGAGAUCCUGGUUGAAGACAACGGAGGUGUAUUUAGAGGGUAAGUUAGUCAGGAUGAUAUCUAUAAGGGUGCCCAUGUUUACGGAUUUAGGGUUGUACCUGGUAGGUUCCUUGAUAAUUUGUGUGAGAUUGAGGGCAUCUAGUUUGGAUUGUAGGAUGGCCGGGGUGUUAAGCAUAUCCCAGUUUAGGUCACCACUCUGAGGAUAGAUGGGGGCAAUAGAUGGGGGGAAAUCAAUUCACAUAUGGUGUCCAGGGCACAGCUGGGGGCUGAGGGGGGUCUGUAGGAAGCGGCAACAGUGAGAGACUUAUUUCUGGAAAGGUGGCUUUUUAGAAGUAGGAGCUCAAACUGUUUGGGCCCAGACCUGGAUAGUAUGAUAGAGCUCUGCAGGCUAUCUCUACAGUAGAUUGCAACUUCACCCCCUUUGGCAGUUCUAUCUAGACGGAACAUUUUGUAGUUGGGGAUGGACAUUUCUGAAUUUUUGGUGGCCUUCCUAAGCCAGGAUUCAGACACUGCUAGAACAUCAGGGUUGGCGGAGUGUGCUAACACAGUGAAUAACUCAAACGUAGGGAGGAGGCUUCUGAUGUUAACAUGCAAAAAAACAAUGCUUUUACGGUUACAGAAGUCAACAAAUGAUAGCUCCUGGGGAGUAGGAGUGAUACUGGGGGUUGCAGGGCCAGGGUUAACCUCUACAUCACCAGAGGAACAGAGGAGGAAUAUAAUAAGGAUACGGCUAAAGGCUUUAAGAACUGGUCUUCUAGUGCGUUGGGUAGAGAGAAUAAAGGGGGCAGAUUUCCGGGCGUUGUAGAAUAGAUUCAGGGCAUUAUGUAAAGACAAGGAUAUGGAAGGAUAUGAGUACAGUGGAGGUAAACCUAAGCGUUGGGUAACAAUGAAAGAGAUAGCAUCACUGGAGGCACCGAUUGAGCUGGUCUCCUCGUGUAUGGGGGGUGAAACAAAGGAGCUAUUUGAGGCAUUUUGAGAGGGACUUGGGGCUCUACAGUGAAAUUGUAUAAUAAGAACUAACUGGAACAGCAAUAGGCAAGGCAUAUUGACAUGGGAGAGAGGCAUAAAGCAAUCACAGGUGUUAUUCGAGAGAGCUAAGACAACAACUGGUAAUGGCGAUGAAAGUUUGGGCUGAGGCUAAACAGAUAAACAGGACAGGGUACCGUGUAAAGGAACAGUCCAGCAGGCAUCAGCUGUACAGCUGAGUGAUCAUAAGGUCCAGUGAACAGCAAUAUGUGAGUCCGAGAGCAGUUCGAAUUGGUGCCACAGCGAGCAGGAAGCACGGCUGUUGUUUGCGUGUGCUAGCGGGCCGGGGCUAGCAGAUGGAUCUUCGUGGUCGUCGCAACGGGAAGCCUGUUGAAACCACAGACGAUUACGUCGGCAGACCAGUCGUGAUGGAUCGGCGGGGCUCCGUGUUGACUCUAGGAGGUCCCGUCCGGUUGACAGAGAGGUAGAUAGCCGGGAGAUGGGCCUGACUCGAGGCUAGCUCAAGGCUGAUUAGCCAACAGGAGGUCCCGUCCGGUUGACAGAGAGGUAGAUAGCUGGGAGAUGGGCCUGACUUGAGGCUAGCUCAAGGCUGAUUAGCCAACAACAACAUCCAUUUGGUUGCAGCUAGCUAGUUGCGAUGAUCCGGUGUUAAAGGUCCAGUGAUUCAGUGAUUCCGGCAGAAAAUCUGGGUCGAUAACGCGCUGUGCAGACAGUGCAGACUGGGCCGAUAAUAGUCCAGGCUAGAGCUGGCUGGUAGGUAGUGCAGGCCACGGACAAUGGUGAAAAACCGCUAACGGUGGACUAAUAGCAAGUAGCUAGUUAGCUGGCUACUCCCGUCCGGUAGACAGAGAGGUAGAUAGCCGGGAUAUGGGCCUGGCUCGAGGCUAGCUCAAGGCUAACUGGUGCUUGCUUCCGGGGCAGUGGUGAUUAGCCAACAGCAACAUCCAUUCGGUUGUGGCUAGCUAGUUGCGAUCCGGUGUUAAUGUCCAGUGAUUCAGUUAUUCCGGCAGAAAAUCCGAUGUUCUGGGUGAAAACCGCUAACGGUGGCUAAUAGCAAGUAGCUAGUUAGCUGGCUAGCUAGCUAGUUUAAACUGGAGAUUCUAGAUAAAAGGUAAGCCAAUAAUAGAAUCUGUUCCACAUUGAGUGAGGCGGGUUGCAGGAAAGUAUAUUUAGUAGAAGGAUGAAAAGUGUGAUAGGGAAAUAUGUACGAAAAAUACAAAAAAAAUACAAAAAAGAGGCUAUUUACACGGACACACAACAGAGUACACGACCGCACUGCUACGCCAUCUUGGAAGAUGUCUGCUUCUCUACCUUCAUAUUGGCUAUCUCUAUCUGUCUGUCUCUGUCUCCCUGUCUCACUUCACUGCCUGCCUCUCUUUCUAUCUGUCUGUCUGUAUCUGUCUGUCUGUCUGUAUCUCUGUCUGUCUGUCUAUCUGUGUGUCUCUAUCUGUUUGUCUUGUCUGUCUGUCUGUCUGUCUGUACCACUGUCUGACUCCUUGUUUACUUAAGAUAAACACUUCAUUUGUAUGCUGCCUGGCUCAUCUCCAAACAUCACAACAACGCUUGUGAAUAAACAAGAGGGAAACUCAUAACAAUAAAUGAAGGAUGAGGCAUGAUUCAUAAUUCAUACAUUUCUUAUUCGUAUCUUAGGUAUGUUUGCGCAUGCCAGCAGUGGGGGCUUGAUUAAUAAACAAGUGUUGUCACAGUAAUAAUGAUUUGAAUACUGCUGAGACUAGCUCUUUCCCAGAUAAGAAUGUUUUUUCAUCACAAAAUAUGACGUGCCUGCACAACCCCCCUGACAUUUGCCACAGAAUUACAGCCUCGCCGAAGGCCGCUGAGGUAGUAAAUAGAGUUAGAGUAUACAGUUUAAGAGUACCUGCGGUGCAUUUGAUGAGUUGUUGCUAUAGUGAUAAGUCCUGUUUUUAUCUCUUUCCAUAGCUUUAAUGGUUGGAUGUUUCUUUUAAAGUGUUUGUGGCGGGAGACUGGAGAGGGUUCAUUCUAUUGUGGUUGACCCAGGGACAUCAAUGGGAGUUGAUUUUCAUAAAUGUUUUUGCCUUUUAGGGAGCUGAGUAUUUGUUUGGUGAAGUACCUGGCCGUUGAAAGAGUGGUAAAGUCUGGUUUGAUACAUAAUGAAACAAAGAUAUCAAAGGUGAGAGAGAAGGACAAAAGACGACUAAAUCUGUCUUUUAUGAAUGUCUUGUUGAAAAGAGGGCUAGAGUUGUCUGAUUUGUUCUCUGCUAAUUGACAAUGAGGAAAUAAUGAUGAAGUAGGAACGCCCAAUGAGACAGAGCGGUGGAUCGCCAUGCCGACUGGGAAUAGGAAGCCAAUGAAGGACUUUGAAAAGCAGGAAACCCUCUUCUGAAUGGCAUUAUAAUGAGCAUUGCCAGGAGGGUGGGAGAGAGGGAGAGAGAGAGAGAAUGAAGGACAGAGAGCUUGGACCAAAACAGAGAGAGAGAGAGGAAGCGAGAGAAUGCAUUGACAUUACACAUUGCUGAGAGAAGAAGAGAAUGAACGACAGAUAGAUGUGACCUUUCACAGCAGAGAGACACAACGGAUUUUACACACUUUUACAAAGAGACACAUUUAAUUGAUCUUUGACGCAGUAAGAAAUAGAUAGAAAGCCAGGGAUAUAUGUUUUUAUACUACCACAAAGGAAAGACAUGUAUUGAACAAGUACCAACACCACAAGGUGAAAAACAUCAAGAUUUGAUUUAGCUGAGCCAGAUAUUUGACAGGCUAUUUCAUAACGGAGGUAUUAUUGUCUGUUAUUGUUGGGUGUUGUCUUGGCGACAUGAUGGCAUUCUAUCUGCCAAACCUCCAUUCUAUCUUAGAAAGCAUCACUUUAUUAAAGCUCUGGGAGGAUUUUAACACUUUGACGGAAGCCAGGGGAUGCGAUAUGAUAUAUCCACAGGCGUUGACUCCCAGCCGCUCUCAAAGCCUCAUCUAGAUGUCUGCGUCUUAGUUUCCCCUCACAAUACUUGAUGAGGUAACAUGAACGUUUAAUCAAAUGUAAACAAACUGGGAAACGGAAAUGUGGUGAUUGAGUGUUUGCGAUGUAAUUUUGGUGCAAUGUGGUUGGUCAGGCUUACAGGAAGUGUGUCUGUGUGUGUGUGUCUGAUCCAUUUACAAUGAUGGAAAUAUUUUUAUAUCCGCUCCGUUUGCGUCCAUCAUCCCCGCCCGGUUCGCAUCGAUAGAUCAAGAUUGUGCAUUUAGCCACCGGCUGAUUUUAAUUACACAGAGUUUAGUGAUGAGAUGAAUCGGGAAGCCAGGUGUUUAGGGCUAUCAUCAGACCAUAUUGAGGGGAGUGGAGAGGAAAAACCAAUAAGGAUGUUGUUAUCAUAGUAAACAAUGUUCUUGCUGCUCCCUUUGUUUUAUGUUUCAGACAGAGAUGAUGUCGAUCUCUGACGGAAGUCUUUGGGCUGUGUUGUGGUGUGUUGUCAGGGGGUAGUGGCCAGUGAGUUGGGGUGCCUCAGACGUCAGGUCCCUAGUCUACAUUCAGUGGACACUUUCUUAAUCAAAUGCACUUAUUAUAUGUCACUCUGGAUAAAAGUGUCUGCUGGAAAGCACUUCAGACAGAGGACUUCAAGCACUUCUCUUCUUUUUCUCAUUUACUACUUUCUCUCAACGUUCCCCUUUUUUUUUUCUGCUGUCUGUCUGUUGGGGUUUUUGUGCUGUCUGUCUGUCUGGAUUGUUCGUUGAAGUUGUCUGGUUUGCCUGUCUGCUGUAUGCUGUCUCUUCUUCUAUUUCAUUGUUUUGUUUUCUUUUUCGCGGGGGGAAAGGAAGGGGCGAGGGGGGAGGGGGGGGGCCAGGGAAAAGGGGAAAAAGGGGGAGAAAAGGGGGGAGAAGGGAAAACGGGGAGACAGGGGAAAAGGGGAAAGGGAAAGCGGGGAAAGGGGAGAAGGAGGGGGGGGGGAGGGAAAUUUUUGGGGGCUAUUGAGGGGAAAAAAAAGGGGAAAAGGGGGGUUAGGGACGAAAUUUUUUUUGGGGGGAAAACUUUUCGGGGGGGCCCUUGGUUUAAAAGGAAGGUCUGGUUCGGGCCCCUUUUUUACAAAUUUUUAAAAAAACCCAACCCUUUAAUUUAGGUCUUUAAAUUUAUUUUUUUUUUAAAAAAAAAAACCCCAAAAAUAUUUCUGAAGGGGGGAAAAGGGGGGGCCCCAAAAGGAAAAAAAAGGGGAAGGGAGACCGGGGGCGCCCCCGGGGGGGAAGCGAACCCUUUAAAAAGGGCCGGGAAACGGGGGCGAGGAAAAGGGAAAAGAAGGAAGGGAGGAGCGGGGGGGCCCGGGGGAAACCCCCCCCCCGGGGGGGGGGGGGGGGGGGCCCCCCCCGGGGGGGGGGCCCCCCAAAAAAAAAAAAAACCCCCCCCCCGGGGGGGCCCCCCCCCCCCCCCCCCCUUUUUUUUUCUUCUUCCCCCCUUUUUCCUUUUCUCCUCUUUCCCCCCCCUUUUUCCCCUUUGGGUUAAAAAUUUUUCUCUUUUCCCUUUUCUUUUCCUCGUUUUAUCUCGUUUCUUUCCCCUCUCUCCCCUUUCCCCUUUCCCCCCCCCCCCCCUUUUUGGGGGGGGAUUUUAGUUUUUUGGGGUAAAAAGAUUUUUCAAUGGUUUUGGUAGGAAGACGUCACUACCUACUGUAGUGCUGAGCUGAGCCGUCCUGGGGGGGGGAAUUCACGGUGGGGUUUCUUGACCCCAUUGAUUGCCCACUGUUAAAUUUCCCGUGCAACGUCCCAAAAAAGUCGUUCGACGGAGCGCUGAGAGGUCUUAUAGAGGUCAUGAAAGCACUGGCCAAUACAUCUGAAGUGUGUGUGUGUGUGUGCCAUUGUGUGUAUUUAAAGCUGGCCCUCAGACUGCAGCCUCCUCCUCAGUAGUCUGAGCUGAGGGUUCUUGCUAUGAGAAAUGUGUGUGUGUGUAUGUUUGUGUGGGUGUGUGUGUGUUUUCGUUUGUUAGACAGUGAGACUGUGAGUGUGUGUGUGUUUCUCUGGUUUGUGUGUGUAUAUAAACUCCCUCUCUCUCUCUCUCCUCAGGUGGGAACGCUUGGGCGUGUAUAUAAACUCCCUCCCUCUCUCUCUCUCCUCAGGUGGGAACCCUCGGGGGGUGUUUGCCCUGGGGCAGGUGCAGGGUGAGUGGAAGAUGUAUGUGAAGCGCCCACUGGACCGUGAGGAACAGGACCUAUACCUCCUCAACGUUACCGCUAGCGACGGCCUGUUCGUCACCAGGGCAACCGUGGAGGUGUCUGUGACUGACACCAACGACAACAGCCCUGUCUGUGACCAGGUCAGUAACACUCUUUAUUUACAGACUGUUCCGUCUGUACACUACUGCAUUUAUAUGUUUAUGUUUAUAGGUCACUCAGCAUUAUUCUUAUCUGUUUUCUGAAUGACAUAGUUUCCUACAAUAUAAUAAAACAUUGGCAUUGAUUAUCGUAGGUGUUUACUGUUUAUUGUAAGCUGUCCCAUAACUGGUGCAGAAAUGUGACUUUACAGUUGAAUUCCACUUGUCUUAUAUGUGGUUAGGUUUUAUGUUCUACUUCAGGCAUAACUCAUAUUUAAUAGUUUUAUUUGCUGCUGUUGGUUCUGUUUCCAGAUUCUGCAGGGUCUUUUCCUUUACUGUAAACAGAAACGGUAUAAUUUAGACUGUAUAAUUUAGAGUGUGUUUUUAUGUUGUGUCUGUGUUCCUGUGUGAGGUCUGGUGAUACGUAGCUGUGGUUGAGUCUGUGUGUUGAUGUGUGAGGUCUGGUGAUACGUAGCUGUGGUUGAUGUCUGUGUGUUCCUGUGUGAGGUCUGGUGAUACGUAGCUGUGGUUGAGUCUGUGUUCCUGUGUGAGGUCUGGUGAUACGUAGCUGUGGUUGUGUCUGUGUGUUGCUGUGUGAGGUCUGGUGAUACGUAGCUGUGGUUGAGUCUGUGUGUUGCUGUGUGAGGUCUGGUGAUACGUAGCUGUGGUUGAGUCUGUGUUCCUGUGUGAGGUCUGGUGAUACGUAGCUGUGGUUGAGUCUGUGUGUUGCUGUGUGAGGUCUAGUGAUACGUAGCUGUGGUAGAGUCUGUGUGUUGCUGUGUGAGGUCUAGUGAUACGUAGCUGUGGUUGUGUCUGUGUGUUGCUGUGUGAGGUCUGGUGAUACGUAGCUGUGGUUGUGUCUGUGUGUUGCUGUGUGAGGUCUAGUGAUACGUAGCUGUGGUUGUGUCUGUGUGUUGCUGUGUGAGGUCUGGUGAUACGUAGCUGUGGUUGAGUCGUUUUUGCUGGUGGGGUUGGUGAACGGUGUGGUUGUGUCUGUGUUUGCGGGUGUGGGGUUGGUGAUACGUAGUUGGUUGAGUUUUUUUGAGCAGUGUGUUUGUUGUAAUGUAAAGGAACUGUUUGAUUUAUAAGGUUUGAUAGAUUGUUUGUUGCUGCAUGUUAGGUUUCUACUGUUAGUUUUCUCUGUCUGUCUAGGGAGCUGUUGUACACUAUUAGGAGAGUGGUGGCGUGUUUGAUGCUGGCUGAUAUACAGGCUACUGCUUUAUGGAGUUAGUAAAACUCUCUUGUUGGUAGGAGGGGCUGUAUGGGGGAGGGAUGAUUUUUUAUGGCAUUUUUUGGGGGAUAGGAGGGUAGAGGGGGGGGAUGAUUUUAUGUUGUUUUUUUUUGUGUGUGGUGUAAAGUAUGUUUAGAAUGUGGGGGGGUUUUAUUCAGUAGCCUACAUUUUUUUUGUCUGGGGGGUAAAUCUUUUUAAGCGUUUAAAAAAUUUUAGUAUGUUUUUUUGGUGGGGAGCGGGGGUGGGGAGAGCGGGGGGCAGGCCCGUCACGGCCUGGCCCCGGGGGGCCCCCAACGGGGGGGUGUUGGGGGGAGGGUUUAGGAUCGGGGACCGGCCAAGGACCCGGGGCUAAACCCCCCCCCCCAGGGGACACACUUUUUUUUUGAUUUCCAAUGAGUUUAUGGUGUGGUGCUUAAACCUGUUCUUUUUCUGUUUGGCGAACAAAAGACUCCCGGUCCCGGACAAAAGACCCCGGACAAAUGGUUCACAACCAAUGGUGCUUUGGUGGGGGCAAUUUAGUGUUGGUGAUCAACCCUCCCUUUUUUCUGUCCCCACAACUGCCAAGUGGAGAAGAAAAGCCCCAAGGCCCCGUCAACAAAAGGCCUGCCUGGAAAGGUAAGAAGGGGAAAUUUUCCCCCUUUUCCUCUCCCCUUCCUCUUUCUUCCCCAUCUCCCUUAAACCCUAUCCCUCCUUCCCCUUUUUCCUUCUUCCCCUUUUUCCUUUCCCGUCUCUCUCUCUCUCUCUCUCUCUACUCUCUCUCUCUCUUCUCUCUCUCUCUCUCUCUCAUAUUUCAUUUCAAUUCAAAGGGCUUUAUUGGCAUGGGAAACAUAUGUUUUACAUUGCCAAAGCAAGUGAAAUAGAUAAUAAAACAAAAGUGAAAUAAACAAUCAAAAAUGUACAGUAAACAUUACACUCACAGGUAUUAGCACAUUAAAGGUUUACCAAACAAGCCACGCAGUGUCGACUGGCGUCAUGUUUCAAAGAGGAAGCACUGUGGCUGCUAGCGGGAUGAAAGACAGAAGGGGAGGAGAGAGAGGGAGAGAGAGAGAAAGAGAGAGGGAGAGAGAGAAAGAAAGAGAAGAGAGAGAGGAGAAGAGAGAGAGGAGGAGAGAGGAGGAGAGAGAGAGAAAGAAGAGGAGAGAGAGAGAGAGAAAAAGAGGGAGAGAGAGACAAAGUGAGAGGGAGAGAGAGAAAGAAAGAGGGAGAGAGAGAGAGAGAGGGAGCGAGAGAGAGAAAGAAAGAUGGAGAGAGAGAGAAAGAGAGAGAGAGCGAGAGAGGGAGAGAGAGAGAGACAGAAGGGCAUAAGGGGAGGAAAGAGAAGGAGAGAGAGAGAGAGAAGAGGAGAGAGAGAGAGGAGAGAGAGAGAGAGAGAGAGAGAGAGAGAGUGAGGAAGAGGGAACCAGAGAGAGAGAAAGGUAUCAGGGAGGAGAGAUACCAAUUAAACAAAGAUUCAUGUUUGAACUGGAGUCAACCUCUCUAUUUCCCUCUCUGCCUUUCUCUUUUCUCUACAUCUCAACUCUCAAAACACACACGCACAGAUGGCAAUCAAUAAGUUCAAUCAUUUAUUAAUGAAAGAUUGUUCUAACAUCCCUCUCCCCUCUCUCCAGGCGUCAGUCGUAAGGUGGUCUAUUCUCUGGCCGACUCUGCCAACGGCUUCUUCUCCAUCGACAAAUCCUCCGGCAUCGUGGUCCUGGAACGUAUCCUCGACCGCGAACAGCAACCGUCCUACAUGAUCACGGUCAGAGCAUCUGACCAGGGCUCUCCGGUCCGCCUGUCCUCCCUGGUCAACGUGACCGUCACGGUCCUGGACAUCAAUGACAACCCGCCGGUGUUUGAGCGCCGUGACCACCUCGCCACCGUGCCAGAGGACGUUGGGUUAGGGACGGAGGUGCUGAGAGUGUACGCAGCCAGUAAGGACAUUGGAACCAAUGCUGAGAUCACCUAUAGUAUCCGCUCAGGCAAUGAGCAUGGAAAGUUCCACAUACACCCCCUAACUGGUAAGUUUCCAUAUGUAGAAUAUAAAGUGGCAAUUUACACUACCGUUCCAAAGUUUGCGGUCACUUUUUUUGUCCAUUAAAAUGACAUCAAAUUGAUCAGAAAUACAGUGUAGACAUUGUUAAUGUUGUAAAUGGCUAUUGUAGCUGGAAACGGCUGAUUUUUAAUGGAAUAUCGACAUUGGCGUACAUAGGCCCAUUAUCAGCAACAAUCAGUCCUGUGUUCCAAUGGCACGUUGUGUUUGCUAAUCCAACUUUAUCAUUUUAAAAGGCUAAUUGAUCAUUAUAAAACCCUUUUGUAAUAAUUGCUGAAAACUGUUGUGCUGAUUAAAGAAGCAAUAAAACUGACUUAUUGAGACUUGUAGAGUAUCUGGAGCAUCAGCAAUUGUGGGUUCGAUUACAGGCUCAAAAUGGCCAGAAACAAAUAACUUUCUUCUAAAACCCGUCAGUCUAUUCUUGUUCUGAGCUAUUCCAUGCGAGAAAUUGCCAAGAAACUGAAGAUCUCAUACAACGCUGUGUACUACUCCCUUCACAGAACAGCGCAAACUGGCUCUAACCAGAAUAGAAAGAGGAGUGGGAGGCCCCGGUGCACAACUGAGCAAGAGGACAAAUACAUUAGAGUGUCUAGUUUGAGAAACAGACGCCUCACAGGUCAUCAACUGGCAGCUUCAUUAAAUAGUACCCGCAAAACACCAGUCUCAACGUCAACAGUGAAUAGGUGACUCUGGGAUGUUGACCUUCUAGGCAGAGUUGCAAAGAAAAAGACAUAUCUCAGACUGACCAAUAAAAAGAAAAGAUUAAGAUGGGCAGUCUGAGAUAUGGCUUUUGUUGAGAGGUGUCUGCUACCUGAACUCUGUGAAGCAUUUAUUUGGGCUAGAAUUUCUGAGGCUGGUAACUCUAAUGAACUUAUCCUCUGCAGCAGAGUUAACUCUGGAUCUUCCAUUCCUGUGGCGGUCCUCAUGAGAGCCAGUUUCAUCAUAGUGCUUGAUGGUUUUUGCGACUGCACUUCAGAAAACAUUCAAAGUUCUUGAAAUGUUCCGUAUUGACUGACCUUCAUGUCUUAAAGUAAUGAUGGACUGUCAUUUCUCUUUGCUUAUUUGAGCUGUUCUUGCCAUAAUAUGCACUAGGUAUUUUACCAAAUAGGGCUAUCUUCUGUAUACAGUGCCUUGCAAAAGUAUUCAUCCCCCUUGGCAUUUUUCCUAUUUUGUUGCAUUACAACCUGUAAUUUAAAUUGAUUUUUAUUUGGAUUUCAUGUAAUGGACAUACACAAAAUAGUCCAAAUUGGUGAAGUUAAAUGAAAAAAUAACUUUUUUCAAAAAUGUCUUAAAAAUGAAUAACGGAAAAGUGGUGCGUGCAUAUGUAUUCACCUCCUUUGCUAUGAAGCCCCUAAAUAAGAUCUGGUGCAACCAAUUACCUUCAGAAGUCACAUAAUUAGUUAAAUAAAGUCCACCUGUGUGCAAUCUAAGUGUCACAUGAUCUGUCACAUGAUCUCAGUAUAUAUACACCUGUUCUGAAAGGCCCCAGAGUCUUCAACACCACUAAGCAAGGGGCACCACCAAGCAAGGGGCACCACCAAGCAAGCGGCACCAUGAAGACCAAGGAGCUCUCCAAACAGGUCAGGGACAAAGUUGGAGAAGUACAGAUCAGGGUUGGGUUAUACAAAAAUAUCAGAAACUUUGAACAUCACACGGAGCACCAUUAAAUCCAUUAUUAAAAAAUGGAAAGAAUAUGGCACCACAACAAACCUGCCAAGAGAUGGCUGCCCACCAAAACUUACAGACCAGGCAAGGAGGGCAUUAUUCAGAGAGGCAACAAAGACACCAAAUAACCCUGAAGGAGCUGCAAAGCUCCGCAGCAGAGAUUGGAUUAUCUGUCCAUAGCACCACUUUAAGCCGUACACUCCACAGAGCUGGGCUUUACGGAAGAGUGGCCAGAAAAAAAGCAAUUGCUUAAAGAAAAAAAUAAGCAAACACGUUUGGUGUUCGCCAAAAGGCAUGUGGGAGACUCCCCAAACAUAUGGAAUCAGGUACUCUGGUCAGAUGAGACUAAAAUUGAGCUUUUUGGCCAUCAAGGAAAACGCUAUGUCUGUCGCAAACCCAACACCUCUCAUCACCCCAAGAACACCAUGUUUUUCAUCGGCAGGUACUGGGAAACUGGUCAGAAUUGAAGGAAUGAUGGAUGGCGCUAAAUACAGGGAAAUUCUUGAGGGAAACCUGUUUCAGUCUUCCAGAGAUUUGAGACUGGGACGGAGGUUCACCUUCAAGCAAGACAUUGACCCUAAAAAUACUGCUAAAGCAACACUCGAGUGGUUUAAGGGGAAACAUUUAAAUGUCUUGGAAUGGCCUAGUCAAAGCUCAGACCUCAAUCCAAUUGAGAAUCUGUGGUAUGACUUAAAGAUUGCUGUACACCAGCGGAACCCAUCCAACUUGAAGGAGCUGGAUCAGUUUUGCCUUGAAGAAUGGGCAAAUAUCCCAGUGGCUAGAUGUGCCAAGAUUAUAGAGACAUACCCUAAGAGACUUACAGCUUUACUUGCUGCAAAAGGUGGCUCUACAAAGUAUCCAUUUUAAUUCCAGGUUGUAAGGCAACAAAAUAGGAAAAAUGCCAAGGGGGGUGAAUAAUUUUGCAUGCCACUGUACCCCCCCUACCUUGUCACAACACAACUGAUUGGCUCAAAAGCAUUAAGAAGGAAAGAAAUUCCACAAAUUAACUUUUAAGAAGGCACACUUGUUAAUUGAAAUGCAUUCCAGGUGACUACCUCAUGAAGCUGGUUGAGAGAAUGCCAAGAGUGUGCAAAACUGUCAUCGAGGCAAAGGGUGGCUAUUUGAAGAAUCUCAAAUAUAAAAUAUAUUUUGAUUUGUUUAACACGUUUUUGGUUGCUACAUGAUUCCGUAUUUGUUAUUUAAUAGUUUUGAGGUCUUCACUAUUAUUCUACAAUGUAGAAAAUUGUAAAAAUAAAGAAAAACCCUUGAAUGAGUAGGUGUGUCCAAACUUUUGACUGGUACUGUAUGUCUUUGUUUGCAAAUUCAUGUUACAUACUUCUACAUGGUGUUAGAAGUAGGAUCCCUACCUACCUAUUGACCUUUCACCCUCUUUGUACUAGGUGCCAUCGCUGUGUCCAAGCCUCUGGACUUUGAGACGUGUAAAGACUACUUCCUUACUGUGGAGGCCAGAGACGGUGGAACCCCGCCCCUAAGCGCCGUAACCAUGGUAAACAUCAACCUGACGGACAUCAACGACAAUGCACCAAUGUUCAGCCGAGACGUCUACACUGCUGUCGUAUCCGAGGACACAACCAUCGGAGAGUCCGUCGUCAAGGUAUGUCCUGUUGGCUCUUUAACAUGGACUGGUUCAGCCAUGUUUCCCAGACGUCUCCAGGAGUACCCGCAGUCUCUUUAACCUGGACUGGUUCAGCCAUGUUUCCCAGACGUCUCCAGGAGUACCCGCAGUCUCUUUAACCUGGACUGGUUCAGCCAUGUUUCCCAGACGUCUCCAGGAGUACCCGCAGUCUCUUUAACCUGGACUGGUUCAGCCAUGUUUCCCAGACCUCUCCAGGAGUACCCUCAGUCUCUUUAACCUGGACUGGUUCAGCCAUGUUUCCCAGACGUCUCCAGGAGUACCCCCAGUCUCUUUAACAUGGACUGGUUCAGCCAUGUUUCCCAGACGUCUCCAGGAGUACCCCCAGUCUCUUUAACCUGGACUGGUGUCGCGACUUCCGCCGAGGCUGCCCCCCCCCUCCUUGUCCGGGCAGGCUUCGGCGUUCGCCGUCACCGGAGUACUAGCUACUGCCGAUCCCAUUAUCAUCACUCCACUUGUCAUGUCUUGUCAAUCACACACACCUGGUGCUCAUUCCCCUAAUUAGUAUGUGUAUAAGUGUUCCCUCUGUUCCCCUUGUCUUUGUGAGUGAUUGUUUUGUUGUGAGAGCAUGUAGCUCGGUUGAGCUACAUUUCACUGGGUUAUUUGCCAAGGUGGAUGUGUUCCCUUAUACAGUGUCGUUUGACGCUUGGGGCGUUUGAUUUAUGCAAACAGUUUAACUCUGGACUUCGGUAUUUUACCUCCUGCGCCUGACUCCUUCUUUCACACCUCGUCACAACUGGUUCAGCCAUGUUUCCCAGACCUCUCCAGGAGUACCCCCAGUCUCUUUAACCUGGACUGGUUCAGCCAUGUUUCCCAGACCUCUCCAGGAGUACCCCCAGUCUCUUUAACCUGGACUGGUUCAGCCAUGUUUCCCAGACCUCUCCAGGAGUACCCCCAGUCUCUUUAACCUGGACUGGUUCAGCCAUGUUUCCCAGACCUCUCCAGGAGUACCCCCAGUCUCUUUAACCUGGACUGGUUCAGCCAUGUUUCCCAGACCUCUCCAGGAGUACCCCCAGUCUCUUUAACCUGGAAUGGUUCAGCCAUGUUUCCCAGACCUCUCCAGGAGUACCCCCAGUCUCUUUAACCUGGACUGGUUCAGCCAUGUUUCCCAGACCUCUCCAGGAGGACCCCCAGUCGGGUUGCACUCAUUUGAACUUUUCUGUUACAAACACACCUGAUUCAAUCUGAACUAAUCAUCAAGCCCUUCAUUAAUAAGGUCAAGUGUGCUCGUUCUGGGAUACAUCCAAUAAGUUCAACUGGAUGGGGGUACUCGAGGAAACAUUUAGGAAACACUAACCAUCUUACUGUGUGUGUGUGUGUGUGUGUGUGUGUGUGUGUUGGAGAGUCCCUGCCUAACCCCCCUCUCCUCCUCCUCUAGCUGACAGCUGAGGAUGUAGACAGCCAGGUGAAUGGUGAAAUCCUCUACUCCAUCGUCAGUGGUGACAGAGAGAACCAGUUCUUCAUAGACCCUCUCUCUGGCAUGGUGAAGGUCAACAAACAGCUGGACAGAGAGACGGUGAGCACACACACACACACACAGGUACACACACAGGUAAAAACACACACACACACACACACACACACACACACACACACACCACAGGUAAACCCACAGGUACACACACAGGUAAACACACACACAGGUAAACACACACACACACCACAGGUAAACACACACACACAGGUAAACACACACCACACAGGUAACACACACACACACACACACACACAGGUAAACACACACAUCCACAGGUACACACACAGGUAAACACACACACACACACAGGUAAACACACACACACACACACAGGUAAACACACACACACAGGUAAACACACACACACACACACACACACACACAGGUAACACACACACACAGGUACACACACAUACAUACACAGGUAAACACACACACACACAGGUACACACACAGGUAAACACACACACACAGGUAAACACACACACACACACAGGUAAACACACACAUCCACAGGUAUACACACAGGUAAACACACACACACACACACACAGGUAAACACACACACACACACACACACACACAGAUAACACACACACACAGGUACACACACAUACACACAGGUAAACACACACACACACACACACAAGGUACACACACAGGUAAACACACACACACAGAAACAAACCAACACUACGGCCAAUACAACCACAGCAUGAACACUAAUAACAACUACUGUCUCUGACACGUACACCACCACAUCACCAUCACAAACAAACACCUCCACCUUUUAUCCUCCUGCAGCUAGCUAGCUCCUCCUGACCAUUUCUCUCAUGGAGGAUGUUCAGUUCCUCUGGUUAGAGCAUUGCAUCCCAUCCCUCCUCUUCCUGCUUUCUUCCCUCUUCUUUUAUUUGCUUGAAGCGUUCCGAGUGUGUCUUCCAAUUCCCUCAUAAAGAAUUUAUGAGUGUGACCCUUGACAGUGCGGAGAGCGGAUCUGAGCGCGCUCCAAAGAGAACGCCUGGGCUUGUGGGGGAUUAAAGAGCUGAUGAAAGUGUGUUUGGGUUAUCAGAAAGAGCACAGCCCUGUGUGUGUGUGUGUGUGUGUGUGUCUUCACGCACCACUAUUUCCAUACAGGUUAUUCUAAUUUACUCUCUCCCAAGCAGCACUGUGGUUGUUUAUUGUGGUUUAUUUUUUCAUUUCUCAGAGUGAAAGGUUGUUAUUUUUGUUUUCAGUUAUUGCAUUUUUCUGCUGUGUUUAGUUAGGCUGUUAUUACAGAGCUUUAUGUGGAAAGAUACCCUGCAGCUAGCGUGGUAGGGAAUAAGGUGUGUGUGUGUGUGUGUCUUCACUCCCUAAGAUAAUAAAUCCUGUCUACCUGAGAUAGACUUGACAGUGUUCCCUCAGGUACACUCUUAGGAAGAAAGGUGCUAUCUAGAAACUAAAAGGGUUCUUCGGCUGUCCCCGUAGGAGAACCCUUUAAAGAACCCAUUUUGGUUCCAGGUAGAACACUUUUGGUGCCAGGUAGAACCUUUUUGGGUUCCAUGUAGAACUGGAACCCAAAAGGGUGCUCCUAUGGGGACAGCCGAAUAACCAUUUUGAAACCCUUUUGUCUUAGAGUGUAGAGUGAAUCUGAGAGACAGAGACAGAAACCCAGGGUACAUGCUUGGUAGGACACGCCAGGAAUGUGUCAGUCACAGGAGUGUGUUUCAGAGGAUCAAAGGAUGCGCCCACAACCAAUCACAACACACUUAAUCAGCGCCCUUACGUCCUUGUUUGGUCUGCUGAUAUUCAAGGGAGUACCACAUAAGGAUGCGUAUCCAGGAGGAUAUUUGAUUAGAGACUUGUCAUCAUUGGUUAAUGUGUGAUGAAUUUGAUUUGCAUGGAAAUUGCUGUGUAUGAUUUUCUCGAUCCUAUUAUCGUUAUCAGGCAUGAAAUUAUUACAACGUUUCUCGACGUGAAGUUUCAAGGGAAACACAUGUAAUUUUUCUUCUCUCUAGGUGUCUGGUUACUCUCUGGCGGUCAGGGCUCUGGACAGUGGUGUUCCGCCCAUGUCGUCAACGGUGAUGGUCAACAUCGACAUCUCAGACAUCAACGACAGCCCGCCUACUUUCACCCCGGCCAAUCUCACCACUGUCAUACAGGUACUGUUACUCACAUGAUUGACAGCUCUGGUGAACUCUAUACACACCGACAUCCACAUAGACAUAGAUAUUCACACACAUAUCCUUUCUUACAGAAGAAGCACACACACACACACACACACACACACACACACUCCGUCUUGCAUCUAAUCUAAUUUCCCUUCUCGUACUGUCCAAUCACAGGAGAACAAGCCCAUCGGCACCAGCAUUCUGCAGCUGUCCGUCAUAGACCAGGACUCCUCCCAUAACGGCCCGCCCUUUGAGUUCCGCAUCUUAUCAGGGAACGAGGGUGGAGAGUUUACACUGGAGUGGGAUGGAACUCUGCUAGCCAAUCAGGUGUUUAGGAGGGACUUAGCCACGGAGUAUGUCAUCCAAGUCCAGGUAAGAAGGUCAUUUUAGAUAAUCUCAGUCAACCCUGUUAGUGUUAGCACCAGGUCUUACAACCAGCUGGUCAACCCUGUUAGUGUUAACACCAGGUCUUACAACCAGCUGGUCAACCCUGUUAGUGUCAACACCAGGUCUUAUAACCAGCGGGUCAACUCUGUUAGUGUCAACACCAGGUCUUACAACCAGCUAGCUUGUGUAAGGUCUGUUACUAAAUCACACAUGGAGUUGCAUUGUGAUUUAUGUUUUUUGGCUCUGUGUUAAUUAACCGUUUGCUUCUCCCCUACUCCCCAUACCUCUAGGUAAGGGACUCCGGUAAGCCCCGUCUGUCCUCCUCCUCUACCCUGACGGUGCGUGUGAUUGAGGAGAGCCUUCACCGGCCUGUAGCACUACCCCUGGAGGUCCACAUCAUCACCAUGGAGGACGAGUUUCCUGGAGGAGUCAUCGGCCAGCUGCACGCCACCGACGCAGACCCCUACGAUGUCCUGACCUUCGGCCACGCACCUCCGUCUCAACGCUCCCUCUUCAAGAUCAGUCCGAGAGACGGUAAGAUCAUAGCCCUGGGAGGCCUGGACUCCGGCCGCUACUCCCUCAAUGCCAGCGUGAGUGACGGACGCUUCGCCGUGCCCGUGGCUGUGAGCGUGCACGUGGAGCAGGCAUCGCCAGAGAUGCUGCGGGAGGCGGUUACAGUACGUUUCGAGAGUGUGCAACCCCACGACUUCGUGGCCACACAUCUGAAAAACGUGGUGAAAGUUCUGAAGGUUGCCGCCGCGACGCAGAAGCAGGAUGCGCUGCACGUGCUCAGUCUGCAGCCCGUGGGCGGGACCAGCCAAUUGGAUCUGCUGGUUGCCGUGGAGACGGCUGGGGGAGGGUUCUACAAGGCAGCGUACCUGACCCAGAAGCUGAGCGCCUCUCGGAGGCAGCUGGAGGAAGUGCUGAGGGUGUCGGCCAUCUUGGAUAAGAACUGUUCUGGGCUGGAGUGUCGCGGGGCCCAGUGUGAGCAGAGCAUUGUGUUGGACUCUAACGCUCUCAUCACCUACAGCACACCCAGGGUUAGCUUUGUGUCGCCACGCUUCCACAGGACCACACGCUGCACCUGCACUGGUGAGGACAUGCACACACACACAUACACACCAACAGAUAUACACUCAUGUAUCGUAUCAAUGUACAGUACCAGUCAAAAGUUUGGACACACCUACUCAUUACAAGGUUUUUCUUUUCCACAUACAGUGAGGGAAAAAAGUAUUUGAUCCCCUGCUGAUUUUGUACGUUUGCCCACUGACAAAGAAAUUAUCAGUCUAUAAUUUUAAUGGUAGGUUUAUUUGAACAGUGAGAGACAGAAUAACAACAACAAAAUCCAGAAUAACGCAUGUCAAAAAUGUUAUAAAUUGAUUUGCAUUUCAAUGAGGGAAAUAAGUAUUUGACCCCCACUCAAUCAGAAAGAUUUCUGGCUCCCAGGUAUCUUUUACACAGGUAACGAGCAGAGAUUAGGAGCACACUCUUAAAGGGAGUGCUCCUAAUUUCAGCUUGUUACCUGUAUAAAAGACACCUGUCCACAGAAGCAAUCAAUCAAUCAGAUUCCAAACUCUCCACCAUGGCCAAGACCAAAGAGCUCUCCAAGGAUGUCAGGGACAAGAUUGUAGACCUACACAAGGCUGGAAUGGGCUACAAGACCAUCGCCAAGCAGCUUGGUGAGAAGGUGACAACAGUUGGUGCGAUUAUUCGCAAAUGGAAGAAACACAAAAUAACUGUCAAUCUCCCUCGGCCUGGGGCUCCAUGCAAGAUCUCACCUCGUGGAGUGUCAAUGAUCAUGAGAACGGUGAGGAAUCAGCCCAGAACUACACGGGAGGAUCUUGUCAAUGAUCUCAAGGCAGCUGGGACCAUAGUCACCAAGAAAACAAUUGGUAACACACUACGCCGUGAAGGACUGAAAUCCUGCAGCGCCCGCAAGGUCCCCCUGCUCAAGAAAGCACAUAUACAGGCCCGUCUGAAGUUUGCCAAUGAACAUCUGAAUGAUUCAGAGGAGAACUGGGUGAAAGUGUUGUGGUCAGAUGAGACCAAAAUGUAGGUCUUUGGCAUCAACUCAACUCGCCGUGUUUGGAGGAGGAGGAAUGCUGCCUAUGACCCCAAGAACACUAUCCCCACCGUCAAACAUGGAGGUGGAAACAUUAUGCUUUGGGGGUGUUUUUCUGCUAAGGGGACAGGACAGCUUCACCGCAUCAAAGGGACAAUGGACGGCGCCAUGUACUGUCAAAUCUUGGGUGAGAACCUCCUUCCCUCAGCCAGGGCAUUGAAAAUGGGUUGUGGAUGGGUAUUCCAGCAUGACAAUGACCCAAAACACACGGCCAAGGCAACAAAGGAGUGGCUCAAGAAGAAGCACAUUAAGGUCCUGGAGUGGCCUAGCCAGUCUCCAGACCUUCAUCCCAUAGAAAAUCUGUGGAGGGAGCUGAAGGUUCGAGUUGCCAAACGUCAGCCUCGAAACCUUAAUGACUUGGAGAAGAUCUGCAAAGAGGAGUGGGACAAAAUCCCUCCUGAGAUGUGUGCAAACCUGGUGGCCAACUACAAGAAACGUCUGACCUCUGUGAUUGCCAAUAAGGGUUUUGCCACCAAGUACUAAGUCAUGUUUUGCAGAGGGGUCAAAUACUUAUUUCCCUCAUUAAAAUGCAAAUCAAUUGAUAACAUUUUUGACAUGCGUUUUUCUGGAUUUUUUUGUUAUUAUUCUGUUUCUCACUGUUCAAAUAAACCUACCAUUAAAAUUAUAGACUGAUCAUGUCUUUGUCAGUGGGCAAACGUACAAAAUCAGCAGGGGAUCAAAUACUUUUUUCCCUCACUGUAUGUGUUAUUUCAUAGUUCUGAUGUCUUCACUAUUAUUCUACAAUGUAGAAAAUAAUAAAAAUAAAGAAAAACCCUUGAAUGAGUAGGUGUGUCCAAACUUUUGACUGGUACUGUAUAUUCAUAAUGAUGCACUCACAUACUCAUACAGAAAUACACACACAAACAAAAGUGUCCCGAAGUGUCCUUUAGAGAGCUGUACAGUAGGCAUUGUUGACGUCUGCAUGAUCUGCACUGUAGAAAACACUCUGUCUGAUUGUAUAAAUACUAUAAUGAUAAAUUGAUGGUCAUAAUCCACCAGGGGCAUCUUGAGUGUGUAUCUGACCCCUGGGAUUAGUCAGACCCCGCCCCCCCAGUAGAUUCAAUUAGCAUGUUGUGGCUAAUGUAAUUAGCAUGUCUCCUAGGGACACUUGGCAGAGGAUUUGGCUGCCUCUACUCAGAAUAACCCUAAAUGAACUUGUCCUCUCUCGCUGUCUUCAUUCAUCCUUUCUUUCUCCCUUCUACUCGAAAGCCGAAGACUGUCCAUUCUUCUAUCAAUGGUACGAUCUUAUGUUAAUAUGUAUGACUUGUAUCCCUCCCGGGACUUGGGGUAGCCGGGAUGAGGACCCCGCCCAGUGAAGUACCUGUGGUAGUUAGGCAUGCGCCGGCGGAGGGAUGCACAGAUACCAGAGAGAGCCGGCUGAGAGCAGCGCCCAUUCCUCUCGUCGAGCUUGGUGGUCGCGAAUCAGCGGUGGUCGGAGUACCGGGGUGCUCGACCUAGAUAUCACACCCCCUCCUUCUUCCCGGACUCUCACCCUGCGCAUCUCCCAACGGCUCAUAUCUUGUCGCUACUGUUGUGCACAACUAAUGCACUCCUGUAGCGAGAGCCUAUGGGUUAUUUAUCAGCAGCUCUACUACGAUCGUUUAUCAUGGAGGACAACAAGACGAAGAGAGCAGGAACCCCCUAACCUAUUCAGCUCCACUUCUUUCUCCUUUGAUAACCACACCCCACCUGCUGUUCUCUCUCUGUAUCUCUCUGUGAUCUCUCUCUCUCUCUCUCUCUCUCACCCCUCUUCUCUUCUCUCUCUCUCCCUCCUCUCUCUCCCUCCCCUCCUUUCUCUCCCUCCCCCUUCUCUCUCGCCCUCUCUCCCUCCAUCAGAUGGUAGCUGUCCCCCAGCCUCAGAGUUGUGUGAUGAGCAGCCCUGUCCAGGAGACAUGCAGUGUGUGGGCACAGAGGGCACCAGAGGACCGUACGCCUGCCAGUGUCCACCAGGGAAACUAGGAGAGUGUGCAGGUGCGUUGAUGUGGGUUUAUGUGUCCAGGGGUCUUGAAUGUUUGGGUCCGUUGUAAAUGUGAUGUAAUUUGUGGAUGGAAAUAGAACAAAAUGUAUUAAAUCGUGCGUGUGUGUGGGUUUGGUGUGUGUGUGUGUGUGUUUGGUGUGUGUGUGUUUGGUGUGUGUGUGUGUGCAGGUCACACGUCUCUGAGUUUCUCAGGGAACAGCUAUAUCAAGUAUAAAGUGUCUGAUGGAGGGAGGACAGGAGAGAUGAAGCUAGGACUGAGGAUCAGAACUCUACAGAGCAGAGGAAUCAUCAUGUACACACACGCUGACCCCUGCACUAUACUCAAGGUACACACACGCUGACCCCUGCACUAUACUCAAGGUACACACACGCUGACCCCUGCACUAUACUCAAGGUACACACACGCUGACCCCUGCACUAUACUCAAGGUACACACACGCUGACCCCUGCACUAUACUGAAGGUACACACACGCUGACCCCUGCACUAUACUCAAGGUACACACAACGCUGACCCCUGCACUAUACUCAAGGUACACACACGCUGACCCUGCACUAUACUCAAGGUACACACACGCUGACCCCUGCACUAUAGUCAAGGUACACACACGCUGACCCCUGCACUAUACUCAAGGUACACACACAUACGCUGACCCCUGCACUAUACUCAAGGUACACACACAUACGCUGACCCCUGCACUAUACUCAAGGUACACACACGCUGACCCCUGCACUAUACUCAAGGUACACACACGCUGACCCCUGCACUAUACUCAAGGUACACACACGCUGACCCCUGCACUAUACUCAAGGUACACACACGUACGCUGACCCCUGCACUAUACUCAAGGUACACACACGUACGCUGACCCCUGCACUAUACUCAAGGUACACACACGUACGCUGACCCCUGCACUAUACUCAAGGUACACACACAUACGCUGACCCCUGCACUAUACUCAAGGUACACACACGCUGACCCCUGCACUAUACUCAAGGUACAGACACGUACGCUGACCCCUGCACUAUACUCAAGGUACAGACACACACGCUGACCCCUGCACUAUACUCAAGGUACACACACGUACGCUGACCCCUGCACUAUACUCAAAGUACACACACGCACACACAUGUACGCUUGCUGACCCCUGUUUAUGGUACACACCUAUACAUGCUAAUCCCUGUACUAUACUGAACAUAACAGACAUGUGCUCAGACUACUGUGUUAUACUCAAGGUACACAUACCUGGAAACAGGCAUGGAUAGUCUGGAUACCCACAGCACGAUCCACCCUUGUUAUUACCCGAGGCUAAGCCACUUUAUCCGCUCUCAUCUGUGUCUAAACCCUGCCUCUCUUGUUGUGAUUGACAGCUGGAGGAGGGUAAGCUGUGGUUCCAGCUGGACUGUGGGAACAGCCCUGGUAUGCUGGGUAUUUCUGGGAGGCCCAUCAACGAUGGUAACUGGCACACGGUGACUCUGGAGCUCAACCGUAACUUCACCAGUCUGUCUCUGGACGACAGCUAUGUGGAGAGGAGGAGAGGACCGCCAAGCUUCCAACCACUAGGGGCAGAUGGGUGUAUCUACUUUGGAGCACAGGUGGGCUUUCUGUGGGGGGGAAGGGGUGUGCGUGUGUGUGUGUGUGUGUGUGUGUGUUUUUGGUUUUGCUAUCCUUGUGGGGACCAGAAGUCCUCACGAGGACAGUAAAACAAGGAAAAUUGAGGACAUUUCGCCGAUCCCCACAAGGAAAAAGGCUAUUUUAGGCUUAGGGGUUAGGUUUAGGGUUUGAGUUACAAUUAGGGUUAGGGUUAGAAGUAGGGUUAGGAGUUAGGUUUGGGGUUAGGAGUUAGGGAAAAUAGGAUUUUGAAUGCGAAUCAAUUGUUUGGUCCCGACAAGGAUAGUAAAACAAAAAUUUCUGGGUAUGGGUGUGUGACAGAUUUUUUCAGAGUGUGUGUGGGGGGGGGGGGGGGGUUGUUGUGAGUGUGUUAGGGACACUAAUAUGUUUGUAUGGGCGUGGCUGUGUGUGUUUUGCAUGUGCGAGCGUCAUGGAUUUGUAUGUGUGAGUAUAGUGUUUCUCUAUAAUGCUCUUACCUAUGUCAUCUUGUCAGAGUGAUGAACACAACACAAGGUAAGACGCUGGAUUGGAAGCUCUGGAUAGGAAGCUCUGGAUAGGAAACUCUGGACGGGGAGCUCUGGAUAGGAGCUCUGCAUAGGAAGCUUUGCAUAGGAAGCUCUGGAUAGGAAGCUCUGGAUAGGAAGCUCUGGAUAGGAAGCUCUGGAUAGGAAUCUCUGGAUAGGAAGCUCUGGAUAGGAAUCUCUGAAGCUCUGGAUGGGAAGCUCUGGAUAGGAUGCUCUGGAUGGGAAGCUUUGGAUAGGAAGUUAUGGAUAGGAAGCUCUGGAUAGGAUGCUCUGGAUAGGAAGCUCUGAGGAAUACAGCGUGUGUGUAUUUAUUAAUGUACUGUAUUUAGGGUAUGUGGGGAUCAGAAUCUUAGUCUUUUAUAUUGUUGUCUGAACAUGACUUGUGUGCUAUACCUAUUCAUAUACAGUACACUAUUUGUUAGUUUGUUUGUAUACAUAAAUCCGAUUUGUCACUCAUGUCUCUCGCCUCCCCCCUCCCCCCUCCCCCCCUCCCCACAGGUACAACCUCCUAACUCUCGCAGCCUGACAGACAAGAAGGGUCCUCGGGUGACGGAUGGUUUCCAGGGCUGCCUGGACUCUGUGAUGCUCAACAACAAUGAGCUGCCCCUGCAGAACAAGAGGAGUCGCUAUGCUGAGGUGGUGGGCCUAACAGAGCUGAAGCUGGGCUGUGUUCUCUACCCCGACACCUGCCUGAAACAGCCCUGCCUCCACGGAGCCACCUGCAACAGCCUGCCCUCCGGUGGUGAGUCUGGGGAACUGCAAGAGGGAAAUGGAUGUGGUCGCGAGAUAGGGUGUGUGUGUGUGUGUGUGCGCGCAAGCCAGAGGAGGCUGGAGGGAGGAGCUAUAGGAGGACAGGCUCAUUUUAAUGGCUGAAAUGGAAUAAAUGGAACGGAGUCAAACAUGUGGUUUCCAUAUGUUUGAUGUGCUUCAUACCGUUCAAUUUUUUCCAAUCCAGCCAUUAAAAUGAGCCCGUCCUCCUAUUGCUCAUCCCACCAGCCUCCUCUGGUGCACGUGUGAAACAAACUGCCUGGGUUGGAACAAAAGUCUGCACCACCCUGUAGCUCUUGAGGACAGAGAUUAUUGGUGACCAUUAGUGUCCAUAAUACACACACUGAUAGGAGGAUUUCUGUGCCAGCCUGUGUGCCCCUGUGCCAGCUAGCAGACUAUAACCUCUCCAGAGAUCUGGAUCUCCCCUCAACAUUAAUCUAUUAUUAAUCCAUAAUUAACUCCUAAUUAAACUGUCCUUGACCCACUGUUUUUCCCACAGGUAUGAUUGUGAAAUAGCCUCCCAUACUCCUUCAUCACGUCUGUGUUCUCUCUCUCUCUCUCUCUCUCUCUCUCUUUUUAUCUGCCCGUUUUUGUCUGCCUUCUUUCUGUUCUUGUCUUCCUGUCUUUGUGUCGUUAUAUCUCUCCGGUUGCUCUUAGUUUUUCUGUCUGUUCAUGUCUCUCCUCCUUUUGUCUGAACUCAAAAGUCCUACAUUAACGAAUCUUAUCGUUUUCAAAUCUGACUACAGUCAGGGCUCAAGACACAUUUCGUUUUUCUUUUUUCUCAGCCGUUGGCAUUUUGUACUGGAGUCAGUAGGGAAGUCUGGUUAAAUGUAAUCUCUAUCGAAAUUCCCUCCCUGGACUCAGCAGGGUGACCCCUUGACUUAACAUGCUGACUUAACACAUCAAGGCCAAGACUCAACACAGAGAGAGUGACUUAACGCUCCCGUGGGUUGGUCUUUCCCAGUUUCCCCGCUUGCAUUUCUCAUUCACAACGAGAGGCGGAGCGCUCUGAAAAGAGCACAGCAUUCUGGGACUUGUCAUGGUUGUCCUGGCUGUAAGAAGGUUCAGUGAAUGGGGAUUUUUGUUGUAAUAUUUGCUAUAAUUUUUUGGCUUGCCCAACCUCUUUGUAAAGGUUAUCGGAGUAUGUGUGUGUGUAUGUAUUCCGGUAUCCCACUGUGUGUGUGGUGUCUGCGCUGUGUCGAUAACACAAUGACAUUUCCCUGAGUUUUCCUAGAGGUGUGUGUGUGUGUUUGUGAUUUUCCUGUUGUGUGUUUUGUGUGUGACUGUGUGUGUCAGUGUGAUUUCCCAGUUGCGUGAGCUUUUGUGUGUGUGUGUGCCGUGUGAUUUCCUAGAGGUGUGCGUGUUUGUGUUUAGGCUGGCAAGCUCUCAUCAACCACAGGCCAACUAUCCCUGGCAGCACCGCCAAAGCUCAAACAAUGCACACACUAGUCUCCAUGGCACUGAACACAUUCCUGUGUGUGUGAUGGAGAGUGAUCGUGUGUAAUGAGUGUGUGUGUAAUGAGUGCAAGUGUGUGAGUGAUGGAGAGUGUAAGUGAUGGAGAGUGUGAGUGAUGGAGUGUGUGUGUGAUGGAGUGUGAGUGUGUGUGUUUGAUGGAGUGUGUGUUUGAUGGAGUGUGAGUGUAUGUGUGUGUGUGUGAUGGAGUGUGAAUGUGUGUGUGAUGGAGUGUGAGUGUGAUGGAGUGUGAGUGUAUGUGUGUGAUGGAGUGUGAGUGUGUGUGUUUGAUGGAGUGUGUGUUUGAUGGAGUGUGAGUGUAUGUGUGUGUGUGUGAUGGAGUGUGAAUGGGUGUGUGAGUGUGAUGGAGUGUGAGUGUGAGUGUGUGUGAUGGAGUGUGAGUGUGUGUGAUGGAGUGUGAGUGUGUGUGUGUGAUGGAGUGUGAGUGUGAUGGAGUGUGAGUGUGUGAUGGAGUGUGAGUGUGUGUGAUGGAGUGUGAAUGUGUGUUUGUGAUGGAGGGUGAAUGUGAGUGUGAUGGAGUGUGUGUGUGAGUGUGAUGGAGUGUGUCUGUGUGUUUGUGUGUGUGUGUGUGAUGGAGUGUGUGUGUGUAUGUGUGAUGGGAAUGUGAGUGUGUGUGUGAUGGAGUGUGUGUGUGAUGGAGUGUGUGUGAUGGAGUGUGUGUGUGUGAUGGAGUGGGUGUGUGAUGGAGUGUGAGUGUGAUGGAGUGUGUGUGUGUGUGUAAUGAGUGUGAGUGUAAAUGUGCGUGUGAUGGAGUGUGAGUGUGUGUGUGUGUGAUGGAGUGUGUGUGAUGGAGUGUGAGUGUGAUGGAGUUGUGUGUGUGAUGGAGUGUGAGCGUGAAUGUGCGUGUGAUGGAGAGUGAGUGUAUGUGUGAUGGAGUGUGUGUGAGUGUGAUGGAGUGUGUGUGUGAUGGAGUGUGAGUGUGAAUGUGCGUGUGAUGGAGUGUGUGUGUGAUGGAGUGUGAGUGAAUGUGUGAGUGUGUGUGUGAUGGAGUGUGAGUGUGAUGGAAUGUGUGUGUGUGUGUGUGUGUGUGUGAUGGAAUGUGAGUGUGUGUGUGAUGGAGUGUGAGUGAAUGUGUGAGUGUGUGUUUGAUGGAGUGUGAGUGUGAUCUGAAUCUUCUGUGAUGGUCUGAAUGCUUUGUUCAAUUAUAGCACCACCCCUGUAUGUAGAAUACUUCAUUUAACACACACUUUCCCCCCUUACUAGCCCUGACUCUGCUGAUCGCUAUUUUAUUGAAGAAUAAUGUACUUACUAUGACUGUGAUGUGUGGUUGUCCCACCUAGCUAUCUUAAGUUGAAUGCACUAACUGUAAGUCUCUCUGGAUAAGAGUGUCUGCUGAAUGACUCAAAUGUACAUUUACUUAAUUUACUAUUUUCAUUUUUUCUCUCCUUCGUCUCUUUUCUCUCUCUCCCUCUCUCUCUCUGCAUCAGGUUUUGCCUGUAGUUGCAGUCUCCAGUACACUGGGGGGCGCUGUGAGACAGAGAUCACGGCGUGCGUUCCCAACCCCUGCCACAACAGCGCCGUGUGCAAAGCCAUCGGCAGCGCUUUCCUCUGCAGCUGCAGGAGCGGUUUCAAGGGCACCACGUGAGUUACUAUCAAACUAAUGACCACACUGUAAACAUACAGUAUACACGCCAACACACUCCUGUCCUGAACACACACCCAUGGAGUUGACUAUCUCAGACACACAGAAUAUGACAGACACAACCACACCCUUUAACACACACACACACACAGAGAGACACAUAAACACCCACCUUUUAAAUGACCUGUUUGUUUUAACGGGUUCAGCUUCCUACUGGCCCAAGUAGUGGAUAUAAUAUAAGGGAUGUCAUAAAUAACGUCACUGUAAAUGCAAUGCCUCGUAAUUUCCACUAGGUGGCAGUAUAAACCAGCUCUUCUCUACAGUUAUAGGCAGAUGAGUAGAAGAGGCAGAGCCCCCAAGCUGCCUGCAGCCUGUAAGAUUCAUUCAAAGAGUUGAAAGAGAAAAAAAAUAUGACAUUUAAUUCUGCUUGUCUCCUUCUCUCCAGGGGUUUAGGGGUGUUCCACUGUGUUACAUUAGAAUAUAUUAUGCCUCAGAAAUCAAGGCUACAGGCAGUCGAUCAAUCAAUCAAAUGUAUUUAUAAAGCCCUUUUUACAUCAGCAGAUGUCACAAAGUCCUAUAUAGAAACCCUGCCUAAAACCCCAAACAGCAAGCAAUGCACAUUUAGAAGCACGGUGGCUAGGAAAAACUCCCUAGAAAGGAAGAAACCUAGGAAGAAACCUAGAGAGGAACCAGGCUCUGAGGGGUGGCCAGUCCCGUUCUGGCUGUGCCGGGUGGAGAUUAUAACAGUACAUGGCCAUUAAGGCCAGAUUUUUAUUCAAGAUGUUCAAACGUUCAUAGAUGACCAGCAGGGUCAAAUAAUAAUCACAGUGGUUGUAGAGGUUGCAACAGGUCAGUACAUCAGGAGUAAAUGUCACUUGGCUUUUCAUAGCCGGGCAUUUAGAGGUUGAAAUAGCAGGUGCAGCAAAGUCACAAGGUCACUAAUUCCAAAUAAAAUCAAAUGUUAUUUGCCACAUGCGCCGAAUACAACAAGUGUAGAACUUACAGUGAAAUGCUUACUUACAAGCCCUUAACCAACAAGGAAGUUUUAAGAAAAAUAAGUGUUAAGUAAAAAAUGGAUAAGUAAAAAAUAACAAUUAACAAAUAAUUAAAGAGCAGCAGUAAAAUAAAAGAACAGUAGCGAGGCUAUAUACAGGGGGUACCGGUACAGAGUCAAUGUGCAGGGGUACAGGUUAGUCGAGGUAAUUUAGGUAAUAUGUACAUGUGGGCAGGGUGUAAUAACACUUAUACACUUUUCUUACUCGCUGAAACACGCACGCGCACACCAGCAGCUUGUGUUCCAUCAUCGAAGCCAUUUUAAUUUCAGAUGAGAAAGAUCAGGAAAGUCAACCUCGGCGUGUUCGUUAUUUGAUAGGGAACAUAGGAGACUAGGGUUGUUUUUCAAUAUGCGUACUACAGUGCUCCACACCCUCAUGCUCCGAGUGCAUUCUCCUGAGUACGUUCUUGUGAGGACGAGAGUGUGGAGAAUGCAUGAAACAUUACAUUUGAAAAGCACUCGCACUCCCCCUACUGUAUUACCUCACGCUGUAUCUCCCCCAUUCACUGAACCUUCUUCAAGCCAGGACAAUGGCAACAAUAGAGACGAAACAAGAUACAGUUGUAGUCGGAAGUUUACAUACACUUAGGUUGGAGUCAUUAAAACUAGUUUUUCAACCACUCCACAAAUUUCUUGUUAACAAACUAUAGUUUUGGCAAGUCGGUUAGGACAUCUACUUUGUGCAUGACACAAGUAAUUUUUCCAACAAUUGUUUACAGACAGAUUAUUUCACUUAUAAUUCACUGUAUCACAAUUCCAGUGGGUCAGACGUGUACAUACACUAAGUUGACUGUGCCUUUAAUGAUGUAAUGGCUUUAGAAGCUUCUGAUAGGCUAAUUUACAUAAUUUGAGUCAAUUGGAGGUGUACCUGUGGAUGUAUUUCAAGGCCUACUCAGUGCCUCUUUGCUUGACAUCAUGGGAAAAUCAAAAGAAAUCAGCCAAGACCUCAGAAAAAAACUGUAGACCUCCACAAGUCUGGUUCAUCCUUGGGAGCAAUUUCCAAAUGCCUGAAGGUACCACAUUCAUCUGUACAAACAAUAGUACGCAAGUAUAAACACCAUGGGACCACGCAGCCGUCAUACCGCUCAGGAAGGAGAUGCGUUCUGUCUCCUAGAGAUGAACGUACUUUGGUGCGAAAAGUGCAAAACAAUCCCAGAACAACAGCAAAGGACCUUGUGAAGAAGCUGGAGGAAACAGGUAAAAAGUAUCUAUAUCCACAGUAAAAACGAGUCCUAUAUCGACAUAACCUGAAAGGCCGCUCAGAAAGGAAGAAGCCACUCUCCAAAACCGCCAUAAAAAAGCCAGACUACGGUUUGCAACAGCACAUGGGGACAAAGAUCGUACUUUUUGGAGAAAUGUCCUCUGUUCUGAUUAAACAAAAAUAGAACUGUUUGGCCAUAAUGACCAUCGUUAUGUUUGGAGGAAAAAGGGGUAUGCUUGCAAGCCGAAGAACACCAUCCCAACCGUGAAGCACGGGGGUGGCAGCAUCAUGCUGUGGGGGUUCUUUGCUGCAGGAGGGACUGGUGCACUUCACAAAAUAGAUGGCAUCAUGAGGAAAGAAAAUGAUGUGGAUAUAUUGAAGCAACAUUUCAAGACAUGGCUUAAGGACAACAAAGUCAAGGUAUUGGAGUGGUCAUCACAAAGCCCUGACCUCAAUCCUAUAGAAAAGUUAUGGGCAGAACUGAAAAAGCGUGUGCGAGCAAAGCCCUGACCCACUUUGAAUGUGAUGAAAGAAAUAAAAGCUGAAAUAAAUCAUUCUCUCUACUAUUAUUCGGACAUUUCACAUUCUUAAAAUAAAGUGGUGAUCCUAACUGACCUAAGACAGGGAAUUUUUACUAGGAUUAAAUGUCAGGAAUUGUGAAAAACAGAGUUUAAAUGUAUUUGGCUAAGGUGUAUGUAAACUUCCGACUUCAACUGAAUUAAAUGACCCACAAAUUAUCUGUAAGAGUUUUUAAAGUGCCAACUGAAGUGACAAAGGUUCAGAUCUAUUGAUACCUACAUCAAGGAUUGUUUUUGGAGUAUAUAGAGGCAACUGUAAGUCGGACUAUCCAAACUGAUUACCAAACAAAGUUUUAACAACCCCUCUUUCUCCCCUCAUCCCUCUCUCGUCUUCCUUCUCUCACUCCCCUCCUCCGUUCACCCUCUCCAGGUGCGAGGAGGACUUAAAUGAGUGUGAGCGGAGCGGAGCCACGGGCGGCGCGGCAGAAUGUGAGAACGGCGGUUUGUGUGUCAACACGCACGGCUCAUUCUACUGUAACUGCACGGCGGGCUUCGUGGGCCAGCGCUGCGGUCUGCGGCCCGUGGUGGUACCAGACAUGCAGGCUGGACACGCCGUGGUGGGGAAAGAAGAACUGAUCGGCAUUGCUGUCGUCCUCUUCGUCAUCGUCACCCUCAUCAUCCUCUUCAUCGCCUUCCGCAAGAAGGUAUUUGUAUUGUGUUGUUUAAUUAUUCUCAUGUGUUUUUAUUUUUACGAUGAAAUGUGUAAGUUUUAUCAAAUAAUUCAGACUUCAUUGCUUUUACAGAUGUAGGAUCUUAAUUUGAUCACCAUGUGCUGCGAUGCAGUACAUUUAAAACUUGUAUUGUAUUUGAGGUUUAAAAAGGCUUCUGAAGUUUCUAAUUUCCACAGAAAUGUCAGACUUGAAUUUCCCUUAAGAAAAUGUAUCAACCCCUACAAAAAUGUCCAUGAAUUAUAAUCCACAUAAAACGUCACAUUUCCUGUUGCUGCAGGAUUAUUUUUCUACCACAGAAACUGGUUUAAGAUCCUAUAUCUGUAAUAUAUUGUUUACAAGAAAUACAAUAAAAACAUUUUGGCUCCAGGUGUUCCAGAAGAACUACUCCCGUAACAACUUGACACUGGUCCAAGAUCCAGCAACAGCAGCUCUGUUAAACAAGGCCAACGGGGUUCAGUUCAAGACCCUGCGCUGCACGCCAGGAGACCCCUUGAACCUGUACGCCGAAGCGGGGCUCUGUGCCACGGUGAUAGGGGGCGGAGCUGGGAUGCUCGGCCCACCUCAGGUGCCUGUGAGGCCCAUGGCGUACACGCCCUGUUUCCAAGGCGAGCCGCGGUCCACGCUGGAGAAGAUGGCGGACGGGAGAGGCGUGGAACACACUGAGAUGAGCACCUUCCACCCAGAGUCUCCCAGGAUUCUGGGAGGCACAACGCGGAGGGGGGUGGUGGUGUGUAGCGUGGCGCCCAACCUGCCACCUGUCUCGCCCUGUCGUUCCGACUGUGACUCCAUCCACAAGAGCCCCUGGGACUGCGAUGAGGGUCAGUGUGUGUGCGUGGCUGGCAUAGUUAUGUGUUAGUGUGAUGAAUUUGAAUAUGUUUGUGUGUGGUACAGUCUUUGUUCAUACGUGUUUGUUUUUGUGAGUGUCUUGUGUGUGUGCAUUCACGCAUACUGUACAGUCGUGGUCAAAAGUUUUGAGAAUUACACAAAUAUUAAUUUUCACAAAGUCUGCUGCCUCAGUUAUGAUGGCAAUUUGCAUAUGCUCCAGAAUGUUAUGAAGAGUGAUCAGAUGAAUUGCAAUUAAUUGCAAAGUCCCUCUUUGCCAUGAAAAUGAACUUAAUCCCCCCCAAAAACAUUUCCACUGCAUUUCAGCCCUUCCACAAAAGGACCAGCUGACAUCAUGUCACUGAUUCUCUCGUUAACACAGGUGAGAGUGUUGACUAGGACAAAGCUGGAGAUCACUCUGUCAUGCUGAUUGAGUUAGAAUAACAGACUGGAAGCUUUAAAAGGAGGGUGAUGCUUGAAAUCAUUGUUCUUCCUCUGUUAACCAUGGUUACCUGCAAGGAAACACGUGCCGUCAUCAUUGCUUUGCACAAAAAGGGCUUCACAGGCAAGGAUAUUGCUGCUAGUAAGAUUGCACCUAAAUCCACCAUUUAUCGGAUCAUCAAGAACUUCAAGGAGAGAGGUUCAAUUGUUGUGAAGAAGGCUUCAGGGCGCCCAAGAAAGUCCAACAAGCGCCAGGACCGUCUCCUAAAGUUGAUUCAGCUGCGGGAUCGGGGCACCACCAGUGCAGAGCUUGCUCAGGAAUGGCAGCAGGCAGGUGUGAGUGCAUCUUCACACACAGUGAGGCGAAGACUUUUGGAGGAUGGCCUGGUGUCAAGAAGGGAAGCCACUUCUCCCCAGGAAAAACAUCAGGGACAGACUGAUAUUCUGCAAAAGGUACAGGGAUUGGACUGCUGAGGACUGGGGUAAAGUCAUUUUCUCUGAUGAAUCCCCUUUCCGAUUGUUUCGGGCAUCCGGAAAAAAGCUUGUCCGGAGAAGACAAGGUGAGCGCUACUAUCAGUCCUGUGUCAUGCCAACAGUAAAGCAUCCUGAGACCAUUCAUGUGUGGGGUUGGUUCUCAGCCAAGGGAGUGGGCUCUCUCACAAUUUUGCCUAAGAACACAGCCAUGAAUAAAGAAUGGUACCAACACAUCCUCCGAGAGGAACUUCUCCCAACCAUCCAAGAACAGUUUGGUGACGAACAAUGCCUUUUCCAGCAUAAUGGAGCACCUUGCCAUAAGGCAAACGUGAUAACUAAGUGGCUCGGGGAACAAAACAUCGACAUUUUGGGUCCAUGGCCAGGAAACUCCCCAGACCUGAAUCCCAUUGAGAACUUGUGGUCGAUCCUCAAGAGGCAGGAGGACAAAGAAAAACCCACAAAUUCUGACAAACUCCAAGCAUUGAUUAUGCAAGAAUGGGCUGCCAUCAGUCAGGAUGUGGCCCAGAAGGUAAUUGACAGCAUGCCAGGGCGGAUUGCAGAGUUCUUGAAAAAGAAGGGCCAACACUGCAAAUAUUGACUCUUUGCAUAAACUUAAUGUAAUUGUCAAUAAAAGCCUUUGACACUUAUGGAAUGCUUGUAAUUAUACUUCAGUAUACCAUAGUAACAUCUGACAAAAAUAUCUAAAAACACUGAAGCAGCAAACUUUGUGAAGACCAAUACUUGUGUCAUUCUUAACUUUUGACCACGACUGUAUAUUCAAAUGUAUGUUUGUGUGAUUGAGUAUCCCUCUUUUCCAGGAACCCUUGAGGGGGGAGUGCGUUGUUUGUUCAAUUUCCAUAUUCAUAUUACACACAACUACACUCAGAGAGUAUCACGUUCAGUUUAUCAAGACCAUCCUAAUUAUGAGCUGGCUUUGAUUCCCAAAUCCAAAGUGUGUGUGUGUGGUACCUCUAGCUCUCCUUGCCCGCAUUGUUGUCACUGGAGCCGAAGUGUGUGUGUGUGAUUUGUGCCACAACAAAGACAGCCCUAGUACUAACGAGCCUGUUUUCUUCUUCUGUGACUAACCUCGCAGAGGGCCAACUCUCCCUGGCCUGCUCCCACCGCCGUCCUAACCUCUGACACCCUGACCUCUAACCUCUGACCUCUCCCUGCAGGUAAAAUGGUAGAUAUGGGUGAAGAGAUGACCUGUUUCUCAGGGAGCAACAAGGGCAGCAACUCUGAGGUCCAAUCACUGAGCUCCUUCCAGUCCGACUCCUGCGAUGACAACGGUAAAACACGCCCCUCCUUUCUCGUGCCUCUUUCUGGCCACAACCAUAACGACAGUGAGCUAGUCUGCCAUCCAGUUCGAUAGCAACCCUUAACUUAGUCCUGUCUUCCCCUAACCCCCUAUCAUAACCCUUUGCUGUCGGCAGAUUCAGAGGAACCAGAUACUGUAUGUGAAAGCAAUAUGGCUGAAGCUCCCUAAAGCAAAUCGGAUGAGGUGACGCCGUCACCAUAUUGCGUCAAUAACAGUUCAUUUAGAUCAGCAAACACCGAAGAGAUAGGGGACUAGGGGAGGAGUCGGGGGUGGUUUGAUGUUAGAGCAUUAAAAGAGAUGCUGUGAUUAACAAUAACUAUGGGAACCCUGGAGUGUUUAUUGUUUCCUAAAGCCCUCUCUCCUAAAGCCCUCUCUCCUAAAGCCCUCUCUCCUAAAGCCCUCUCUCCUAAAGCCCUCUCUCCAACAGAUACAUUUACUCCUGCUGUGUUAUAAAAGUGUUUCAGGAAAACUAUUUGUUAUCCAGUGUGUUAGUUUGUUUUUCCUCAAAUCAUGGUGAUUUAUUGUUUGAUUUAUGUGUUUCAUAUAAUUUGUUCAUGUUUGGAAGUUUUUUUCUUAUUUUCUUAUUUCUUUCUUUCUUUAUUGAACCUUUAUUUAACUAGGCAAGUCAGUUAAGAACAAAUUUUUAUUUACAAUGACGGCCUACAAAAAGCCAAAAGGCCUCCUGUGGAGACGGGGGAUAAAAAAUAAAAUAAAAAAUAUAGGACAAAACACAUAAAGACAAGAGAGACACCACAACACUACAUAAAGAGAUACAACACUACAUAAAGAGAGACACCACAACACUACAUAAAGAGAGACACCACAACACUACAUAAAGAGAGACACCACAACACUACAUAAAGAGAGACACCACAACACUACAUAAAGAGAGACACCACAACACUACAUAAAGAGAGACCUAAGAUAACAACAUAGCAUGGCAGCAACACAACAUGGUAGCAGCACAAAACAUGGUACAAACAGUUUUGGGCACAGACAACAGCACAAAGGGCAAGAAGGUAGAGACAACAAUACAUCACGCGAAGCAGCCACAACUGUCAGUAAGAGUGUCAACGAUUGAGUCUUUGAAUGAAGAGAUGGAGAUUAAACUGUCCAGUGAUUAAUCCAUUGAUUUUAAUCCAGUGAAUUUCCACACCUGUCAGAUUGUUGUUUUAAUUUGGAAGUGACAGUAUGCACACAGACAGACAGACAGCUGUGUUAUGUUGUGUUGACUUGUCAUCGUUUCAUCAUCACGAAUUCAAGCAUGUCUUUCUAUGGUUGUAGUCGUUGAUACUGCAGCUCUAAUUGUUGGCAGAAGCCAGUUCAGGUUUUAGGUGGUUGUUUAUGUGUUGUGUUUUUUUGUUUUUUUUGUUAUGUAACUUGUGCUGUGUUGUUGUGGACUUUGUGGCGUUUUGGUAUUGGAAAAAAGUCCGUAGUAGUUAUUUUUACUUUGAGAGUUAGCCUAUAGAUCGUCGUUUCUGGAUAAACAUGGUUCACUCAGAUCAUUCUGCAUAAAUCACUGAUAUCACCAUGGUGAAUCUACAUAAUCAUAGUGUGUUGCUACUAUGUACUACACUACAUAACUGACAUGCAAUGUUGACAUAUCAACAUUGAUGCUUCAUUCAUUCAUAAUUAAUGGAACUGCUUUACUGUCAGUCAAGAUGAUCACAUUUCACAUAAUAUCUGACUGUGAUGCUAGCCAAUCAGGCCACAGAACAAUUUGAAGCGGACCAAUCAGUUCGGACGACCGCUCCAGUGGAUGUGAUGUGAUUGGAUGUCAUUAUUAUGUUCAUUCCAUUUUCUUUCUCGAUUUGGUUGUUGUUUUUGUAAUUAUCUGAUUUUCAUUGAAUGUCUUCAAAACAUAAUUUAACAGUCUAGCUCUCGUCUCUCUGAGUUCUCCUAUGGGGACAGCCGAAAACUCCUUUUAGGUACUAGAUAGCUCCUUUUUUUCUAAGAGUGUAGGUCUUCUAAGUCUGGUUCCAUGUGUAGCUUUUGAUCAGACACCUCCCAUGUUACACACCUCUAGUGUUGAUCCCAUCUUCAGCCAAUAGUAGCUCUGCUUCCUGGGAGCCUGUUGUCAACUUCCUGUGUCUCAAACCGUGUCUCCUCCCUCUGCUUCUCUUCAACAAGCCUCCAUAGUGACUGUCAUUCGACUGGUCAAUGAUGCAGUCGACACUAUUGAAAACGAAGGUACCGUGUCUCAUCCACCCUUCUCUCUCUCUAUCCUUCUGACGUUCUCUUUACUUCUCCCGGUACUUAUCUCUCUCUCUAUGAGAUGCCAUGCCAGUGUUAUCCAUGACAAUACCAUGACUGUGCCGUUGUUUGAAGAUCAUGUACUUCAGCUAUGAUGUAAAAUACAUGGCUUGUAUGUAAUGUAAACUCAAUGUACACACACAUACUGUAGGCUUUAUAUUUUCAGUACACAUCAAGUACCUAGCUUACAUGGAACCCAUGUGUUGAGGUGUCAAGCCUCAACACACACACACACACACACACACACACACACACACACACACACACACACACACAUCAGGGGUUCAUGGGGGGGCUGACAAAAAGGCAGUGGUGGAAAAAGUACCCAAUUGUCAUACUUGAGUAAAAGUAAAGAUACCUUAAUAGAAAAUGACUCAAGUAAAAGUGAAAGUCACCAGUAAAAUACUACUUGAGUAAAAGUUUUUAAGUAUUUGGUUUAAAAUAUACUAAAAUAUCAAAAGUAAAUGUAAUUGCAAAAAUAUACUUAAGUAUCAAAAGUAAAAGUAUAAAUCAUUUCAAAUUGCUUAUAUUAAUUAAGCAAACCUGACGGCAACAUUUUCUUGUUUUUUUAUUUAUUUACAGAUAGCCAGGGGCACACUACAACACGCAGACAUCAUUUACAAAUGAAGCAUUUGUGUUUAGUGAGUCCGUCAGAUCAGAGGCAGUAGGGAUGACCAGGGAUGUUCUCUUAAUAAGUGUGUGAAUAUAACCAUUUUUUGUCCUGCUAAGCAUUCAAAAUGAGUACUUUUGGGUGUCAGGGAAAAUUUAUGGAGUAAAAAGUACAUUAUUUUCUUUAGGAAUGUAGUGAAGUAAAAGUAGUGAAAAAAUAUAAAUAGUAAAGUACAGAUACCCCCAAAAAAACUACUUAAGUAGUACUUUAAAGUAUUUUUACUUAAGUACUUUACACCACUGCAAAAAGUUCAAGGCUGAAUCAGUGUUACUCACAACAUGUGCAUUGACAUAUUCCGCAUACAUAAAUAAACUGACAUAUUCCACAUACAUAAAUAAACUGACAUAUUACACAUACAUAAAUAAACUGACAUAUUACACGUACAUAUAUAAACUGACAUAUUACACGUACAUAAAUAAACUGACAUAUUAUAAAUACAUUGAUAUAUUACACAUUCAGGUGGAUGGGAGGAGUAGUGAGAGAUUGAGGGAGAUAGAUAAAAGCCCUCCCCCCAAGUCUCAGAUGGUCCGUUCUUAAGCCUCGCAAACACACGCUAAAGCUCUCUCUUCUCCUGUUCUCCCACCUGACAGUGUCAGUCAUGGAUCAAGGUCAGAGCUACAACAGAGGUGAUCCACACCAUUCUCUUCAUCUCUCUCACUCCCUUUACUUCUCUUGCCCUCUUAAUCUCCCUCUCCCUCUCUCACUCUCCCUCUCUCACUCUCCCUCUCGCUCACCCUCUUCUCAUUCUCCGUCGCAGCUCACUGUAUUUGUGUGAUUUGUUGCUCCUAGCCCCCUGCCAACACACACACAACCCAGCAUGCGUUAUCCCCAGGCACAGUGUUGUUGUGCUGACUGAGCAGCCCUGAUGCAACCUUGGAACGUUGCCUGGGUGGAGAGGCUUCGCUCAUCUCCCAUGACAACCACUCACUCUCCAACGCGCCUCGUGGCCGUUCCUCCUCAGUUUGGCCAAUUUUCGCUUUUAUUUGCUGUCACCUGCUGCCUGUGACAUGUGAUGUUUGAUCCUCUCACUGCAUUGCAUUUGCAUCCCACCUCCGAGCGUGUUGUUUAGUUUUUACUCCAUUUGACUGAUGUUACUGCUUUUAAUUUGACUGAUGUUACUGCUGAUGUUACUGCUUUUAAUGAGUUUGUCCUUGCUGACGUUGCUUUGUUGAGAUUUGUUGUUUGAAGCUUUUCUUGAACCUGUCAGGAUGGAUUUAACUUUUUAGUGCUUCUCACUUUGGUUUUAUAAUUUCCUUUGAUGCAUGUACUGUCUGUCUGUCUUACUGUCUGUCUGUCUGUCUUUCCGUUCUUUGUUUUUGUUUUGUAUUUUACAGUUUAAUGCUUUGUGAAAUGUUCCCUUGUUAACAUGUGGAAGUAUGUCAAGCUGUGAUGUGAUUGUUGACGUUGAAUGAUCCCAUCGGUCAGUAACCUCUGACCUCUCACCAUGGCUUGGCUGUUCCGAAGUGCCACCCUUACUCCUUCUGAACCCUGACAUGAUGUGACCACUGACCUGACAUUCCCAGGCCUCCCUCCUGCAUGUUGUGGUUGACGUCUAACUGUGUUUUUGUUGUCUACAAGCAUGCCCGAUGGACCUCUGCAGACAGACUGUAGUUGUCCACUAACAUGCCUGAUGGACCUGCAGAUUGUAACUGUCCAUCGGGCAUGUUGGCAGAGAUUGUGUCUGCUAAAUGUGAUCUAACUCUGUCUCUCCCUCUUCCAGCAUAUCACUGGGACACGUCUGACUGGAUGCCCAACUCAAGGCUACCCGACAUCGAGGAGGUGCCCAGUUACGAGGCCAGAGGCCUGGGGGGCCACGGAGACAUGGUUGCCUCAGCCUCCCGACUGGGGGGCAGCUCUCGCCUGGGGGGCAGCGCCCGGGAACUGGAGUCAGACUACUACCUCGGGGGCUACGACAUCGACAGUGACUUCCCCCCUCCUCAUGAGGAGGAGUUCCUGACCCAGGACCAGCUCCCUCCUCCCCUCCCCACUCCCCUGGAGGAGUACCAGGAGCACCCCUACGACACCUUGCCCGCCACCCAGCCUGCCUCCAAGGAGAGCACCCUGAGUGGGAGUGUUAGUGGCAGCACCGGACGCCACAGGUCCCCCCGCCCACACUUCCACCCCAGCCAAUACCUGCCCCCACACCAGCUGCCUUUGGGGGAGGCGGGGCAAGGCGGGCCAGGAGGGGAGGAGUUCAGCACUUUUGUGGGUGGGGCGAUCACGGCGGGAGGCGGGGACAUGGAUGAUAAUGUGUCGCUGAAUAUGAGGUUGUCGGUGGACGCGUCAUCAGCCUCGGACGUGUCGGCGCCCUGUGGCUUUGACGACUCGGAGGCGGGCGGUAGUGACUUUGACAGUAUGGAUGAGCUCCACCAGAGGGGGACACACACCGUAGAGAUGCAGCAACAGACUGAGGUCUGA